AUGCUACUAGAGCAGAGGACCCCUGUAUCGGCAGUCGUCCACACAGGUAAGUAGCCGUGAUUAAGUAGCCUGAGCAGUCUGAAGUAGACCCCUAGCCGUACGUAUAAGCUAGGACAACCCCUUGCUACUGAGAAUUAGUCCUCCCUACAAACACGAACUCAGGAUAACACACAGCAGUCAAAAGAGAGUGAAUUAAAAGUAAAGUAUGAGUAUCGGUAGCCCUACACGCGUUUCGGCAGUAACUCCGCCUUUCUCAAGGGCUAAUAGCCGGCAUCCACAGAGAGUCAGUUUUUAAAGGUAAGUAUGUCCCGCCCUGAAGUGGCAGGGAGCCAAUCGAAAAGAUUCCUUUGAUGACGUUAACAUAGAUUUUCCUUCCAAAUAGGGACUCCAGUGCGCAUGUGUAAUCACGUAUAUACUUUUCCACAAGAUAAUAUAGACCACCCGGUGUAGCCUUGAUAUGCAGGGGUUACUGUAUAAGGAAUAUAAAGGGGCUUACAUGAUCUGUCAGUUUAUUUUUGUAUUCUGAGACCCAAAGAAGAAUAUUUUAAUGACGUCUUACAGAAAGUUAUCAAUAUAUAUAUUUUACAGGAUUCCGAAAAAUAAAUAAAUAUAUAUAUGGAUAUGUAUAUGAGUAUGGGGAUUAGUAUCAUCCAACCGAUCAUAGAUCUACCCACUUAACUUGAUAUGUUUCACAGGAUUUUGAAAGAUAUGUCGAAAAAUAUAUAAAUGUAUGUAUGUAUAUGGGGAUUGAUAUCAUCAAGUUGGUCAUUAAUCUCCCUUCUAAAUUCAAGGGAGUAUUGUAUGAAUGAUGAUACUCCAUUAGUGUUAUUGAUAAUCCUGAGGUCUUUAUAUUAUAUUAAAUGUUAUGUUAUAUUUUUAAAUAAGGGUAUCCAGGAUGUAUAUGUGUAAAGAUUAAAUAUAAGGAGUAUAUAGGUAUCUCUAUGGGACCUGAGACUCACAUAAAGCUAUACAAAUAGCUUUAUAAGAUAAUUCCCUUCAUAAAGCAUACGAAUCCCCAAACAUCAGCCAAAGUCAAGAAGAAGGGUACAACAGAACUGGCUUUUAAUGACCACACACAGGCUUUUAUGCAAGUCCCCAUGCAAGGGGACAUCCCACAGGAAGGGACACAGUAUAACCAAUCAGUUACAGGAAAACAGUAAAACACACCCAGCACAAACAUACAAUUCCCUCCCCUAGUCCUGGAGAUAGUCAAGUCUGAUAAAGUAAUAACUUGAUUAUCUCUAGGCAGAAAAAUCAAAAUUUUCCCCAAUAUUCAGAACACCCCUUUAUACAUGGGGUAUCCCCACAAAUAAUAUGUCCCCUGAUAGCCCCGAUCUGGGUGACCAACAUAUUCAAGUUUCACCCAGAUCGGUUCAGGGGUUCUCAAAAAGUGUGAAGUCGUUUGUGACCGGCUAACCGCGAGGUGGCUUCCCAAAAUAGUUCCAGGAGUUUGGGUGGUUUUGCUGGUCUAUUCAGUAAAGGGGCAAAAAACGAAUAAUUCCACAAAUGGAUUCCCCUGGCUCGUAGCAGCGAUUGUUCCCCUCAUUCGAAUGCACAAAAGUACCGAAUAGCGCUCUUCUAGCUAUUCGGGAAAUAGAGAUCCAGCGUUAGCUUGUUGAGACCAGUGUUCGGGAAGUCGAGUGUCCGAUUAUAGUUCCAGACACUCGACGACCAAGUCCCGCUGCCUUUGUUCACCUGAAAAAAGAUGGCCACCGUUUUCUCAGCUACAUGGCGUUCGGUAGUACGAACGCUGGCCGCACAGAUAGAGGGUUCAAUUGAAGCAUUCUUUGAAGUUUAACGAGCCAGGGGUGGUCUCUGUUCGGUAGUUAUAUCUGCCAAAUGAAUAUGGAAUAAAUAUUAUACAUAAAGAGGGAUUUCUUCACAGUGUUCUGUAAGGUGGGUAGGGUGACUGAGUGGGUAGGGGGGCUGUGAAGUGGGUAGAGGGGCUGUAAGGUGGUUAGGGGGUUUAAGGUGGGUAGGGGGUCUAUAAGGUGGGUAGGGGGGCUGUGAGUUGGGUAGGGGGGCUGAGAGUUGGGUAGUGGGACUGUGAGUGGGUAGGUGGACUGUGAGGGAAGGCAGAUCUGUGAGCUCUCCCUGCUCAGUUCCCUCGAGUGCCGCAGAGUGAUGCAGGGAGCUGGAAUAUGACGUCCCACCUUCCCCGAGGCUAACAAGGCAAAUGCCUUGUUUGCCUCGCGGGCAAACAAGUCCUGCAGGACCACAAAUGGGAACGGCGUUCCUGCUGUGGAAAAGGUGCAGGAAUGCCGUUUCCAUGCGUUCCUGCAGGACUCGAGCCCUGGAUACAGGAGUGCUAGGGUUUUUGAUUGCAUAUGUUCAAACCCUGUUCUCUGGAGGAGUUUAAGAUGCUCCUCAUGAUUAGAUUUUGGAAUUGAAAACAUUUUCACUGGGUGUCAAUUACAAAAACUACAUUUGUAUUGGGGAAAUCACUCCUCUGUAAUUGUCUAAAAUCAUAUUCCAAAUAUCUAUACACAGAUUACAUGAGAAAUACAUAAUCAAGACAUUUCUAAGUUUACAGUUUUUCCUUUCUGAGAAAACAAAUAAAUGACCUCACCCGAGAUAUAUUUUUUAAUUAUUACAUAAAAUCUUGACAUGUUUAUUCAUUGCAGAAGUGAAGUUGAACAGUUUUGUUACGGAUAUUUGAUUAUGCUUAUCUGUUUAAUGUGUGACUUUGGACAAAAUUCAGGUUUCUAGGCAAAGCUUGUGGAGACACGAAAACCAUCCCCCGUUUUUUAAUCAGUAAAUUGUUGUGAUACAUUAACACAUCUUUAUGAAAUCAUCUUAGCGGCAACUUUCUGUCAAUUUUUAAAAACUAUUUUAGUGGCUCUUUCUCUGCCAGACAUGUGUGUGUGGGGGGGGGGAUACUAGAAUACACACCUACCUUUCCUUAUAAUUCCAUGCUGGCCCUCUAAAAGCUGAGCAUUUAUUAUGAGCUCUAUCCAGUCCCUCUUUCUUGAUUACCCAUUACCCAUUUCACACUGUACCGAACUUUACAUAACUCAAUGUUUACUGUAUAGGUGAAAAGCAAGGCUUCUGAGCCUCUGUAGUAUAUUGAAUACUCUAUGUUUCUAUUGAUUAUUUAUGGAUGUCUGGAUUGACAUAAGUAACAGAUGGUAUCAAUAGGUCACAAGGUUUUCUUGUAUCAGAACUCUGGAAUGUGGAUUGGGGGUCUUAUCCUUAAAUGGCUAGAGUAAUACUCUGACGUCAGCAUGGCCACAUCUAUAUAGUAACGCUAUGUAACGAUGUAACUCUCCCUUCAGGAGUCCAGCAAUUACCACCUGCUGUUGAACAUCCAUGAUCAUGUAACAUCCUUUGUUGUUUUAUUAAGUAUCAGUAAGUAAGAAUAAACCUGAAGAAACCAUAAGUCAGAUUCAUUUAUAUAGAUGUAUAUUAAUGUUGCAAGCCUUUGACCCAAGACUUUAUAUACAAAAGACGUAUAUAUCAAUCAACUAGAAAAAGACGCAGAAGAAGAAAAGAAGAAAAUACUAAAUUAUUACAGCAUAUAUUAUGGUCUGUACUAAAAGAUGCCUGGUUGUAGCAUGGCAACCACAGUUACUGUUUGCAAUAUUACAUUCACUUGCAGUUAUAAUGUUCACAGUCUUCUAACAUUGUGGGAAUCUGCAUUCCCCGAAAUACUGCUCAUUGCAUACACUCAUAAUAAAUGACCAGUUUUAGUCAUAUUUUUGUCAUAUGUACGAAUUGGUUAAAAAAAUAUAUUUGUCAUUCUGUGUUAAUUUUCUAGUAACUUAAACAAGGAUUUUAAAGCCAGAGAUAUAGAAUUUCUUACAAAGGAUGAACAAAUUACUGGCAUUGAAAAAGAAAAUGGAAAUUAACCCAAUACAUUUUUUUUCCUUGGUACAGAAAUCUAUGCCCAAAAUGACCAUUUUAUCCUAGCUUAUUUUGUAAUAACUGCUAAAUAAGUCCCUAGUGAAAGAGUUAACUGCAUACAUCUGUAAGACCAACAAAAAUCACAUACACGUAAAAAGUCCCUGUCCCCCAUUAAUACACCAAAAAUCAGGGUACCAAUUUGGGGACUUUAUUUUUUCAAAGAAGACGCUGUGGCAUUUGAUCACAUUAGCAUCGCAAUUCCAUAAAGAAAAUAUCAUACAUCUGUAUCAUUCUUUCUCCUGGUUUAAUACCGUCUUAUAGUCCCAUUAGUCAGACACCCGCUCAUCUGCCAAGUUUGGAUGCAGAGAAUUACAGGUGUGGCUGCGAGAUGUUUCAGGAUGGACCUUAUGACCGUUGCAUUUUAUGUUGCUUUCCAUCAUGCCAUGUAUUGAACCAUUUAAUGAACGUGGCACUGGAUCCGCCAUCCCCACACCAGGUGGGAGGAUUCAUGGAAUUUUUCCAAAUCAGCUAUUUAUACCUAUACCUAUUGAAAGGGUGUUGAAUACAUGGAAUCGCCUUCCAACAGAAGUGGCAUAUUUCAAAAUACACAUCUAUAAUCUGAUAUUUGAGGUUUAGAAUAGGUUUGAAUGAGUCCAAAUGGCUCCGGUUUAGCACAGCAGCCAUCAUGGUAACCGCUGGCUGAGUGCAGUGUGAAUUGCAGUGAUUACCUAGCAAUCGCUGUCACUGAUGGAGAAUUGAUGCCUUAUAUAACAGCAGCAAGGCUGAGUGACUUGGCUGGUGACAUAAUACACAUCUGGAGGACACGACACAGGGUGGAACAGGAACAUCUGCUGCCAAAUCUGAUCUGUUUCUGCUUAUUUUUCUUUACACUGAGAUGAACUGCACCAUUAAACUAAAGCAAAACAAGCGUACUUAAAGGAGCGGAGAUUGUGACAAGGGGGCCUUCAGGGGCCACUCGAUGAAUCCUCCGGUCAUGUCAAAUGGGAGACAGGACUUAGGGAAGUUUGUUUGAGAAAACAGUGCAAACCAUUAAACUGCUGGUAAAUAGAGUUUUAUAGAGUUAAUAAUUAAUCACGUUCUUGGUUUUGUGGCUGAGACACUGCAUAGCUACAGACUGACUCACAGUUUCUUUUAAUUGUAUUAAUCUUGUUGGGUUACAUUUUCUCAGGGGAAGGACUGAGGAUUAGAAUUUGAAUCUCCAAAUAUAAAAAGGAUGUAAUUAAACAAACAUUCUAUAGGAGGGGAUGGGGUGGAGAUUAACAAUUUAGCAGAUAUACCCCCAAUGAAAACAUGCCUGCAUUCUAUUCUGCAUUGUAAUAUUUCUAUAUCUAAUAACAGUUUGCAAAACCAGGCUGUCUGAUUGACAGCCAGGAGGGGGUGUGACAGGGGGGUGUCCCAUGAUGCUCUAUUCUGUACUUACGUAGAGUAACCCUUUAAAGGGAGACUGUAGGCACUUCAGCUCAUUGAAGUGGUCUGGGUGCAAUAUCUCAUGUCCCUUAACCUUGCAAUAGUAAUUAUUGCAGUUAUUGAGAAACUGCAAUAAUUACUAACCAGGGUCCAUUCCACCUCUAGUGGCUGUCUAAGAGACAGCCACUAGAGGCCUUCCGAACCUUUUGUCCGGUAUCUGACGCUGCAAGUCCUAACGCUCUGCAUUCCCUUUAAUUGUGCUGUAUGUAAAAUGUAAAAAACAAAACACUUCACAAUAAAGCAUUUCAGUAAUAUAAGCUGAUUUAGAGGUCCUUUAACCCCUUCACGACCGCGGAUGUACCUGGUACGUUAUUUAGUAAAUCGCCACUUACCUGAUUGCUGGCGUUCCCCCGCCAGCGAUCGUGAUCUUGGGGUCUGCCUUCAGUGGCGUCUCUAGGAUUCAUUUUUAGGAGGGGCACAUGGAGGGCCAGGGACAAAAGUAGGGGGGCACAUUUAACCCCGCCCUCACCGCAGUUUGACACGCAUGUUAAGCCAAGCCCCCGACACAAUGUGUUUUGUUUUUUUAAUAAUACCUGGUGGAGGAUUCAUUAUUUUCCACCAGGGAUUAUUUAAAAAACAAACACAUUAUCCUUGAUACAGUGCCAUAGUUGCCAACAUUUGAAAAAAAAAAUUCCAAGGACAUUUUGCAGCACAGCUAUCAAUUACUGUCUGGGUAUAAUAUCCCUGGACAGUCAGUGCUCUCUGUAUAAUACAGGGUUGUGAUUAUAAUAAAUUGUGACACUCAGUGCUCCCUGUAUAGUGCUGCUCUCUGUAUAAUACAGGUCUGUUUGUGUAUAAUAUCCCAAGACAGAGAGCAGCACUAUACAGGGAACACUGACUGUCCCGGGAUAUUAUACAGGCACAGGCCUGUAUUAUACAGAGAGCAGCACUAUACAGGAAGCACUGACUAUCCCGGGAUAUUAUAUACACACAGAUCUGUAUUAUACAGAUAUCCCAUGUCCCAAUCUCUAGACUACUAGUACCUGUCAACAGCAGCUCCCAGACACGUGUAACAGGGCUAAAGUGUGCGGCUGCUCACACAGAUGAUUCAGCGGUAAAGUGCACUCGCUGGAACUGGGAAUCCCUGAGAAUCCAAAGCAGCCCUGGAAAAAAAAUGUAUGCCAUUCCUACAAGUAAAAAUAAAAUAAAAUAUAUAUAUAGUACAGUAAGCACACAAGCUCACUGACAUGCGCAAAUAGGCUUACUGACAGACAAAACUCUCUGACUCACACACUAAUUUACUACAGACAAACUCACUUGUAUAAACAGAAGGCUCACUACAAAGAAGUUCAAGGACACACACAAGCUCACUAAAGACAAGCUCACUGACACACAUAUGCUCACUAAAUAGAAGCUCACUGACCCACACAAGCAGUACCAUUUUAACAGAGUUAAGGGCCCCCGGGCAAAGCAAUGCACUGGGGCCCUUCCUACACAACAACUCACAGGAAUUUUAAUUAUUGAUAGACUGCUGAGUCCAUACACACAUAGACUGCUGAGUCCAUACACACACACACACACACACACACACACACACAGACUUCUGAGUCCAUACACACACACAGACUGCUGAGUCCAUACACACACACACACACACACACACACAGACUGCUGAGUCCAUACACAUACACACACACACACACACACAGACUGCUGAGUCCAUACACAUAUACACACAAGCGGCAUACACGUUACACACACUGCAUACACUAUACAUACAAGCUGCACACACUAAACACACACUGCAUACACUAUACAUACAAGCUGCACACACUAAACACACUGCAUACACUAUACAUACAAGCUGCACACACCAAACACACUGCAUACACUAUACACACUGCAUACACUAUACAUACAAGCUGCACACACUAAACACACUGCAUACACUAUACAUACAAGCAUACACUAUACACACACUGCAUACACUAUACAUACAAGCUGCACACACUGAACACACUGCAUACACUAUAUAUACAAGUUGCAUACACUAUACACACUGCAUACAUUAUACACACACACACAUUUAUUUUUGCUCUUUUUUUCUGUAUUGAAAAUGUUCCAGUCAUUGUCUCUUUUUUUUUUUUUUUGCUGAGUAUUCUUGGGAAAUGUAGUUCACACAGCUGCAGCUAUAGAAUUUUCUAUUAUGGGUGCGUUCUGAGAUUAAGCAGCACAUAAGAAAGUAAAACUAGGAGGAAACAAAACGCUCUUACAGGAAAUUGCACAGGAUGCUAAAACAGGCCAAAAAUGGAUGAGGAAAUAAAUACUGUGUUAUUCAAAAGCAUCAGUGAAAAAAACAGAAAAUAUAAUGAUAUGUUUAAAAAAUAUCAAAAGAAAUACACACUGCUGUAAUAAAUUCAGAUUACAAAAAAAAAAAGAUUUUCAGCAAAUUUGAAAUGUUCAUGUUUAUAAAAUAUUUCAAGUUAAGGCACACUUCUCACUCAGUAAAAUGUGGUGUGUCCUUUGAAAUCAUUCACUUUCACAUAUGAGUUCUGUAUAAAAAAUAGGAUUUAUCAAAUACCCAAAUGUGGAUGUUGGUAAAUGUGGAUGUGUGAAUUUUCCAGUGUGAACGCCCUCGCUAUAUGUUUAUAGUAAUGACGCUAUCAUUAAUGUGGGCUAUUUCUUUUAUAUAAAGCUCUCUAUAUGUUAGUGAUAUUCUGUAAACUAAUAAGCAGUAUAACACUGUGAAUGCAUUAACCAGCCCGAAGGUCCCAUCAAUUGGAAACAGUCACGGAAUACAUUGUAAUGCUGUUUUGUAAAUUUUAUUGACUUCAAAAUCAGGUAUCUUAUAUGGAACGUUCCCUCGUGUCCCACCUGGCUGCUGGCCUAGCCAUAAAGACGUCUCGAGGGCUGAGAUCUAGCCACCAGGGACUAGGCAUUGCCAGAAGUGUUGGUGAGAUGUCACAGUUGGUUCGGCUGGUAAAGAAGUUAAAACCUUUAUUUCAUGUUGUGGUAGUGAACACGUAGUAAUGUGUUUUGGAGGUCGGAGGCAUAUAGGGCAUCUGGAGAUUUCUAUGAAUAGCUGUCAAACAACAAAAAAAUAAGCAUCUUUAGUUAAUUAGUUUAACCCUUUGAGUGCCAGACAUAUGUUUGGAACUUUGCAAAGCUAUGAGCUAAGUCCUGCACUGUUGGGCUUAGCUCAGACACAGAACUUUAGGCUUUCCUAGGAAGUAGUGGAGGCGUGGAAUGGUGCCAGUAGAACCAGGUAAGACGUCAGACUGUUCUAAAAUUGUUUGACCUCUUACAAUGUGGGACUGGUAGGGCUCUCCAUUAGCCACUGCCGUGCUCCGUAGGGGUUGGGGAGCUAGGAGUGUUCCUUUAACUGCGUUGGAAUAACAAUGAGAUACUAAUGUAGUCAGAAGAAAUCAUAAAACAAAGAAGUUACUAAUUUGUUUAAUGUUAAAUCCCUAAGUCAGUGGUAAUCAACCUUUUUCUUCCUACCGCCCCCUAAAACAUCGUUCUUGAUGGAAAACUUUCCUUACCGCCCACCAGUUUUCGCGCAAGUCCAGAAUAUUUUUUAGAAAGGAGGUUGUUUAAAAAUAAAAAAAUGUACGUACAUUUAUCUUUUUAUUUCGACUUAAUGCAUGUUUAUAAUGUUUUUAACUUUAUAAAGUUUAAUUGGAAAACAAUAAAGUAAAUUGAAAUUACCUUUACUAGUGAUUAAUGAGAUCCUUGAGGCUGAUGCUGCAAGACUAAAUAUUUGAUAUCUGGUUCGAUUUUCGUAAGGAACAAGGUCUCCCCUUUCGGAGAUAUUCAGACGACUUCUCUGUUUGCACAUAAUAUGAUUUCUCAUCUGUGCGUCAGCUCAUCUCAUCUCCCUCCUCAAUUCCCCUCCCCACCUUUUUUAUCCCUUUUUUCUAUUUUUUAACCUUCCUUAUAGCAAUGCCCAGUAGGAAGGCUUAGCUAGGUAGCCCACUAUAACUGACAGGCACACAUACAGACAUACAUACACACACACACACACACACAUAAAAAGACACAUACAUACAAACAGACAGGCACAUAUACAUACAUACAUACAGACACACAGACAGGCACACAUACAGACACACAGACAGGCACACAUACAGACAUACAAGACAUACAGACAGACAGGCACACAUACAUACAUACAGAAAAACAGACAGGCACACAUACAGACAUACAGACAGACAGGCACACAUACAUACAUACAGAAAAACAGACAGGCACACAUACAGACAUACAGACAGACAGGCACACAUACAUACAUACAGAAAAACACAAGACACAUACAUACAGACAGGCACACAUACAUACAGACACACACACAAGACCCAUACAUACAAACAGACAGGUACACAUACAUAGACACACAUACAUACAAAGACAUACACAACACAUACAUACAAAGACAACACACACAUACAUACACACAUAUAUACAGAUAGAUACACACAAGACAUACAUACAUAGACACACACAAGACAUACAGACAGACACACAAGACAUACAUACAAAGACACAUGCACACAAACAAACACACACAAAAUAUUUUAGUCACCCUCCUGUUUCCUACCUCUUAGGUGCAGGAGGGUGACUUUCCCUGGGGUCCAGUGGUGGCUCAGGUGCAUGGGAGUCAGAGUUCCUACUCUGACUCCCUGUUCUUCUUCCCGCGCGGUCUUUUUGAUAGCUUGGGAGGAGUGACGCGCAGUCACUUCCUCCCAGCGUGUGAUGUAAUAACAGGGGGCCCGGUCACGCUGGUAAAGCGCCCAGCGCUGACCGGGGCCCCUCUCAAUCCACAUCCAUCGAGUGGCCCUGACAGCAUGGGCCACCUGAUGGACCCUUUGGACGGCGGCGCCGGCAGUUUGCCAUGCGGGCCGGGGCCGCAAAUGGUGACGGCAGUACUCGGUCGCAGGGAUACCGCCGGCUCGCACCCGCCCUCCCGCCCACCCAAUCUCUGAAAUCCCUACCGCCCACCUGGAAUCCUGAAACGCCCACUAGUGGGCAGUAGGGACCAGGUUGUCGACCCAUGCCCUAUGUAGACAAAACUGGACAGGAGGCAGUAUAUUGUUACAAGUAUUUGUGUUCGGCAUAGCAUUGACAAAGUGUUACACUGUGUUAAUACUUGUCACUAAAUUAAUGGAUUAACCAGUGAGUCCAUUUGCAGGGAAACCAUUUGCUUUGCUUUAAAGGAUUUCGCCUUUUGUCUGCAGUUACACAGCUUAAAGAACACAGCAGAUAUUAAUCCGUACAAAAUGAAAAAAAAAUAUUAAAUUCACUGAUAAUUCAUGAGAGCUGACAAAGGAAAAAAGACAAAGACACUCAUAUUUGCAAAUACUAAUGUUCAGACUCAAAACUAUACAACUAUACAAAUUGUGGUAGCGCACGUUAUCCUCAGCUUCUGUGUUGCAUGAGAGCACUCCUGGGUCUGGGGCAGGACUCUGUCGAGGGGUCGCAGGGCUCUGACGGGGGUACAGAACUCUGACUGGGGGUACAGGACUCUGACCGUGGAUACAAGACUCUGUCAAUGGGUGCAGGAUACUGUCCGGGGUUGCAGGACUCUGUUGCAGGAGUCUGUCCUGGGUUGCAACACUCUGGACAGUGCAAAGGAGCCUUCCUGGCGUUGGGAAUUGGGUGAGUUCGAGUUCCUGAGAGAGUUUGUUGAAAGCGUCUACUUACCAGUUUUGCCUUAUAUUCUUUAUUUUAACCCUAUUCACAUUUAUUUUAUUUCCUGGUGCAUCUGAGCCUAUCCAUAUGUGGCUCCUCCCUGCUACCUGUUUGGUCCCCACCUCGUGCAUUUAACCUGUAAUACCUCUGUCAUAUACUUGCAACUUCAUCUUACUGAAGCGGUUUUGGUGUAUAGAUCAUGCCACUGCAGUCUCACUGCUCAAUUCUCUGCCAAUAAGGAGUUAAAUCAAUUUGUUUAUGCAGCCUAGUCACACCUCCCUGCAUGUGACUUGCACAGCCUACUUGAACACUUCCUGUAAAUAUUCAUCUAAUGUUUAUACUUCCUUAUUUGCAAAUUUUAUUUAAUUUAGAAUUUUUUUAUUUCCUGCACAACCAGGGGAGGUGUGACUAAAGUGAUUUAACUCCUAAAAUUACAGAAUAGAGUCAUGGUUUUUACACAAACACUGUUUUAAAUGUUAUUAAUUUAAAUUGUGCCGUUAUUUCAGCAUGUAUAUCACUUCGCAUUGACACCUCUUUUCUGUCUCAGGUUUUAUACCUGUUGGUGGUCUUGUCAAUGCAAUACAAAAAAAAUGCAGUUACAGAUAAUUACGUAAAUUGACAGAAUAUUCAACCGUUCAGCGGUUACAAUGUUACCAUAUACUGUUACACUGACUAAAUACCUGGCGCUAAGUGAAGGGAAAAUGCAAAGCACCAAAUCCACUACAUCUUAAUGCAUUCUAUAUAUCUGCUCCCCCCCUUUCUCUGUCAAUGUAAAACUGAAACAACAUUUUGUCUUCUAUCAGAGAAGCAGCCGCUUUUGUUACGCUGUGUUAGUACUUUGCACUGAGUUAAUGGAAUUACCACUGGGUUCAUUUUCUCGGAAACCAUUCACUUUUCGUAACAGUUUUUGUUUUGGUCUGCGGAUACACCUUUUGAAGAACACAACAGAAAUGAAAUAGUGGAAAAUGAAUAAAAUGAUCCCAUUUAAUGAUAAUUCAUAAGAGCAGGCAGUGGCUGAAAGAUUUUUGAAUUUAGGAUGAUGUAAAAAAGUCGAUCAGGACACAAUAAAUAAGCAAUAUUAGAGCAUAUUCUUCACACUAUUUACUUAAUCUCUUUAAUCCUAAAAUUCUAUCGAAAUGAAUGUCUGGUGAAAAAUAAAUAGUUUAAAUCCUGGGACAUAGACUGACGGGGAUACAUGGCAGGAAUGCAGCUCUGUGAUGGCAAUUGGGAGGGUCAAUGGCAGACAGAGUUUGGUGUUUUCCCUGCAGAAGAAUAUGUGCUUAAAACAACUGCAAUGGUAGCUUUAUAUGUUUGAAUACAUAGUACAUACAUACAUUGAAUCAUACGUAUAUAUGCUGCGAGUUUUAUUGUUCAGGAAUACUCAUACAAACUGCACUGUGAGUUUUAUUGCUGUAGAGCUCUGUGAUUCAGUGGCGGCGUGUAUGUGUGUCUGACAGUGAGUAUCCUUGAAUUUGAAUGUAUGUUUAUGUGAGCAUCUGGAUGUUUGUGUCUGGGACUGCGUGUGUAGGGGUAACUGCAUGCAGUGUUUUGUGCAUAUGAGUGGGGCGGGGGGGACUGUGAUACACACUGUAUAUUACUGUGAGCUAUAUUGCUGUGGAGCAUUGUGAUACACACUGUAUAUUACUGUGAGAUAUAUUGCUGUGGAGCUCUGUGAUACACGCUGUAUAUUACUGUGAGAUAUAUUAUUGUGGAGCUCUGUAAUGCACACUGUAUAUUACUGUGAGAUAUAUUGCUGUGGAGCUCUGUGGUACACGCUGUAUAUUACUGUGAGCUAUAUUGCCGGGGAGCUCUGUAAUGCACUGUACAUUACUGUGAGCUAUAUUGCUGUAAAGCUCUGUAAUGCACACUGUAUAUUACUGUGAGCUAUAUUGCUGUAAAGCUCUGUAAUGCACACUGUAUAUUACUGUGAGCUAUAUUGCUGGGGAGCUCUGUGAUACACGCUGUAUAUUACUGUGAGCUAUAUUGCUGGGGAGCUCUGUGAUACACUGUAUAUUACUGUGAGCUAUAUUGCUGGGGAGCUCUGUGAUGCACACUGUAUAUUACUGUGAGCUAUAUUGCUCGGGAGCUCUGUAGUGCACUGUAUAUUACUGUGAGCUAUAUUGCUGGGGAGCUCUGUAAUGCAAUGUACAUUACUGUGAGCUUUAUUGCUGGGGAGCUCUGUAAUGCACACUGUAUAUUACUGUGAGCUAUAUUGCUGGGGAGCUCUGUAAUGCACUGUAUAUUACUGUGAGCUAUAUUGCUGGGGAGCUCUGUGAUGCACUGUACAUUACUGUGAGCUAUAUUGCUGGGGAGCUCUGUAAUGCACACUGUAUAUUACUGUGAGCUAUAUUGCUGGGGAGCUCUGUGAUACACGCUGUAUAUUACUGUGAGCUAUAUUGCUGGGGAGCUCUGUAAUGCACACUGUAUAUUACUGUGAGCUAUAUUGCUGGGGAGCUCUGUGAUGCACACUGUACAUUGCUGUGAGUUUCAUUUCUGUGGAGCUCUGUGAUAAUAUAUGAUUUGCUGUUGUUUCUCUACAAAUAGUAGAUCCUUUUUUCAUUCCCCUGAUACUGCGCUGUGAUGGGCUGUAUGGAGACCUCACACAGAACAUAUUGCUCUGAAUCGGACAGUGUUCUGCUAGUUCUCUUCUAUAUCUGGAUUGAUAGAAUAUUCCUGAUCUAGUGGAAAAUGAAUCUUCAUGCAGGCAGUAAUAUAGGAUGUGAUAUUAGCAAACUCAUCGGCCACAGAAACCACACAGAGCUGGGAUUUUCAUGGGAAAAAUGAGUUUAUACAGGAGAAAUGUGUUUGUCUGGGCAGGAGGUUUGCUUUAAUUCAGGUGGGAAGAAGGCCAUAAAGCGACAUUGCUGUACAUUAGCCAUUAUUACUUUAUUAUUUCCGAUCUGUCUUUUAACAGGUAUUUAUUAUACGUGUGAACCUUGUCGCAGCGCAGUAAGAGAGCUCGACACGCAGCACCAGGUGAGACAAUCCCCUAUACUGGAAUUAACCCGUUCAGUUCCAGCAGCAUGAAGACUAGCAGUGAGAGGGUUGUUAUUUAUAAGAGCUGCAUCCUGACACUCCGUGUGGAGUGUGCAUUUUACUGUUUGGGUUGGUUCUGUUUGAUGCUUUAUGAAUUUUGGUGGUACUGAUUGCAGUGUGAGUUCUGGAUCUGCUAAACUCUGUGAGUGCUGGCUGUGUUAGAUUGUUGGUUACUUUGUGAGUGUUGGACGCAGUGUUGAUUAGUUUGUGAGUGUUGGAUGCAGAGUCUUGGUUUCUGUGUGAGUGUUGGAUGCAGAGUCUUGGUUACUGUGUGUGUGUUGGAUGCAGAGUGUUGGUUUUUGUGUGAGUGUUGGAUGCAGAUUGUUGUUUUUUGUGUGAGUGUUGGAUGUGGAGUGUUGGUUACUUUGUGAGUGUUGGAUGUAGAGUGUUGGUUACUGUGUGAGUUCUGGCUGUGUUGGAUGCAGAGUGUUUGUUACUGCGUGAAUUUGAGCGCUGGAUCUGUUGGAUGCUUUGUGCAUACAGGUUGCUGUUGAAGUUUUCUGUGUUUGGAGUCUGUUGGACAAUGCGUUAGUGUGAGUGCUGUCUGUGUUGGUGUGACAGCCUACCAGUUGGUUUGUUUACAGAGGAACUCAGCUGUAGUGGUAUGGACACCCCCUUCCAGACAUGACCUGAGGGCAAGGGAGCCUCUAUAUACAAAGGAAGCACAGAAGCCAGAAAGGAUCAGGCAGGAAGUGGUGUCAGGCGGUCCGAUGGUCAGGGCAGGCAGCAAAGGAGCGAGGUCAAACGCCAAACCAAAGGUCAGAAGCCAGAAAACCCAUGAUCAGGGUGCCUGAGGUCAAAGGUCAGAAACAGUAAGUGUAGCCAGUCAAACCAAAGGUCAGAAGCCAAGAAGUAUUACCAGGAAUCAGGGACCAGGAACUGGAAAUCAGGAACUAGGACGCCAAGAGAUUGGGGCAAGCACUGGAAAAAUCAAGCACUAACUAAGUGGAGUGCUUGGCUAUUUAUAGGAAGAGUUGAUCACAUGAAACUCUGCCCAUUCCGACGAGCGAGCUCUACUAUGCAUGUGUGGCAAUUGCGAAUUAGACCUCCCCAUUGGAAAAGCAUUGAAUCAGUGCUUUUCUAUGGAGAAAAUUCUUGCAGAGCGUGAGUGUAGCGGAUGGCAUGGGACUGUCCGCCAGGAUUAUAUUUUAAAAGACUGUUCGUGUAUUUAACUGACUGUAUAUUGAAAAUUGUACGUGUAUUCGUAUGUUGGUUCAGUAGUUUCAUUCAUAGUUCAUACGAAUGGAAACUACCGAAUCCAUAGACCACCUCAGAGAGAAGUGUGCACCUCGUUAAAACUUUCCCACUUCUCUAACCGCAGUUAAUUGGUGUUAUAUUGCCGUAUCUGGGUGGCCGCCAUUCGGUAGAUGAACAUGUGGCGGCGGCCAUCUUACGCACGAACUCUCAGCGGUGUUUGUUCGUCGAGUGUCUGGAACUCAAAUCGGACACUCAAUUGCCCGAACACCGCUGAGACCUUCAGAGCUCCAGAACUCACGAACGGAGGGGCCAAUCGACUCCUCGUUCGGUAAAUUCAAUCUACCGAACAAGGGGGUUCAUGCGAACGCUGUAUUAUCUAUGGAUGGCAAGGAUUUAUAACUGUUUUACCUCCCGAACGUAGACCGGCCGCAAGGCCAAACCACAUGGAGCUCUUUUCGGCUACAUAGUUGUGUGCGGUCAGUCAAAUUGUUUAUUCCCCAUAAUUCCCGAACCCCUGGUCUGAUCUGGGUGAAUUUUGAGUAUGUUGGUCACCCAGACCAGAGCUACCAGGGGAUGCCACUGUAAAAGCUGUCCUUGUACCCCACAGUUUUGGGGUACAUCCAAGAAACAGUGAAAAAGGUACCAGGAUUAAGUGGAUUAAGUGUCACACUGAGGGGAGGGAAAGUAGGGGAGGGAACCCUUGUAUUAUUGGUUACUGUCAUAAUUACUGGAAAUCCCUCCCUUGCAUGGGAGAAUCCUUUAUAAGGAACUGCUGUGAAUAAAAGUUUAGUUCUGCUCCUGAUGCUGUGUGUCGUCCAGUCAUUGGGAUUGUGAUUGGGAUAUUGUUGGAGUCUUUUUGCCUGCUGGAAAUAUUACUCUGUGGAUUUAUUAUAUUUGUUCCUGAGCCUUACUGGGAUCCAAAGUGGAGAUAGGCUGUGUAAUACCAGCUCUCCACUACAGUGAGGACGUCCAGCACCCGAUAACGGACCAAAGGUCCGUUUGGAUUCCGGGAAGCCCUCUAGUGGCUUUCUGGUAGACAGCCACUGGUGGCAGAAUUAGAGCUGCAAUGUAAACAUUACACUUUCUAUGGAACUGCAAUGCUUUACAUUGCAGCACAAGGUGCAAAAGGGACACUGUACCCAGACCACUGUCAAUGGCGUAAUCUGUGUGCCUAUAGUGUCCCUUUAAACAUUAUUUAAUAGAAGGCUAUGCGUGGGCAGCUGAGGGCAGCAUGAUAAUUCUUCUUGUCUGGUGAUUCACUGUGGCUCGGUCAUUGGAUCCCAUCUCAUCGUUUUCACUCACCAUUCCCCAUCUCUCUCUGCUAUUGGGAGGCCUGGGGCCUGUGUAUGUUUAUUUAGUUAUAUAUAUAUAUGUAUCCCCCUUAUUUAAUGCAUGAUCAAGUUAAUACAUUAAAAAGAUACAAACUAAAAAAAUAGAAUAAGGAGCUGGUCCGGCCGCUGAAUAUAAAUUUGUGAAAGUAACCAGCAAACUGACCGAAGAAAAAGGUUUUUUAAAUCAACAUAACUACUGCUGACAUAGGACUUCACUUCUCUUCCAAAGCUGUUUUACGAGGACGACAUGUAGCACAUUCUGCUCUAAAAAAUUAUUACGACCUCAUCUCACUAAUUAAUCGAAAAUUGAAUUCAUUUUGUUGCAUUACAGUCUGGAUACUUUAGGAGAGAUUUAUCAAAGUGUCUCUUUUGAAAUGUGGGAGGAUUCAUCAAUGGAAUGUGCUACUAACCCCUCUGGUUUCCGUGGUGAUUGCCCCAAUCAGACAGGGUUCGGAACACAGGGUUCAUACUAAAAUUUGCCAUUCACUUUGAGUUCCCACCCAGAGAAUUCACGCUUUGCUGGAUACCGCUGGGUGUUUGGAGCAAUCAAUGUCAAGAUAUUGCGCUGGUGAUAUAUAGCUGGCAAAGUAAAAUCAGAGCUUUGUUCAGUACAUUUUCCUUGUUUAAAAGCAAAAUGUAUUGUGGAAUUUCUUGUGUUAUUUUUGUUAUCUGCAAGCAACGUGUAAAAAAAACAACCCAGAAGACGGAAGAUCUGGAAGGUGAACAAUUAAACUUCCUUCCCCUGUUUGUUCUCGGUCAAUAAUAUUGUGUAUUUAACACGGUUAUAAAUUUCCCCACUUCAGUUCUUAAAGUUAUUAAAGGAGCACUAUAGGAUCAGGAACAUAAACAUGUAUUCCUGACCCUAGAGUGUUAAAACAACUAUCUAGCCCCCUUGGCCCCGUUUGCCUCACUAAAGAUAGUAAAAUCUUACUUGUAUUCAAGUCUGAAGCUGCUGCCUCUGCCUGUGAACUUCCUCUGACAUCAGCAGAAGUGGUAGCCUGAUCCAAUCACAGUGCUUCCCCCAUGGGAUUGGCUGAGACUGACAAAGAGGCAGAUCAGGGGCCAAUCAGCAUCUCCUCAUAGAGAUGAAUUGAAUCAAUGAAUCUCUAUGAGGAAAGUUCAGUGUCUGCAUGCAGAGGGAGGAGAUACUGAAUGUUCGGAUGCAUUUAAGGCAGCCAGGACACAGGAAGGAUCUCUAACAGCUAUCUGAGGAGUGGCCAGGGAAGUUUUCCCUAGGCUGUAAUGUAAACACUGCAUUUUCUCUGAAAAGACAGCUUUUACAGUAAAAAGCAAAUUCAAUAAGCUGUAGUUGUUCUGGUGAUUAUAGUGUCCCUUUAAAUGAUGCAGAUAAACAGACCACGAAGCUAGUCUGGAAUUAUAUAUGAAGAGGAAUACACUGUAUUACUUUACUACACUGUGGUGCUGUAGGAAUUUAGUGUAACUCCAGGUUUGCCCUGACCUGGCACAUCCUAAUGCACUGCCAAGUUCCCCCACCCCCACCCCUACCUGCACUUUAUAUCACUUUGAGAUAGCUUAUUAUCUAUUAAAUCAAUCAAUAAAAAUUGCAUAAACUUGUUUAUUGCUACAAAAUGUAUUUGCAUUUGUUUGACUUUAAUGGCCAAGAACAAUGUACGGUAUCUUAUUUACAGAGACUGAUUUUUAAACACAUUUAUUGUAGAUUAAAUACACAUUACAGGGAGUAUUAUUGCUGUGGAGCUCUGUUAUACACGCAGACAUUACUGGGAGUAUUAUUGCUGUGGAGCUCUGUUAUACACUCAGGCACAUUACUGGGAGUAUUAUUGCUGUGGAGCUCUGUUAUACACUCAGACACAUUAUUGGGAGUAUUAUUGCUGUGGAGCUCUGGUAUAGCACAUUACUGGGAGUAUUAUUACUGUGGAGCUCUGUUAUACACUCAGACACAUUACUGGGAGUAUAAUUGAUGUGCCCGUCCUAAAUAGGGACUAUUGGGAGGAAUGCAGCUGAUUAAGAUCUUUUGCAAAUUUACAUAGCGGUAUAGCUGUCUGUGAGAAUAAAAAGUAAGUAAUUGUAGUAGAACAGCACUAAGGCCCAUGGGAAAUGUAUUUCAGAACCUGCGAGGAGCCAGGUUUACCCUAUGCUGGAUAAGUCUAGAACAGCGGUUCCCAAACUGUUCUCCGCGGCAACUCACAAAAGGUGACUGACAGUGUGGGUAAUCAAUCCUUCAUAGUCAAACACUUCUUUAAUUGUAAUACAGUGGGCUUUAUAUACCUAAUAUCAUGUAGAUGCAACAUGAAAUGUGUGGGUAAGACCUUUCGCCCAUUUAAGGAGCGAAUAAAACAGAAUGUAAGGUCUCCCAAGAAUUGAGUAGAAACACCUAUGUCGGGACACCUUAAAGAAAACCGAGGGGGGGUAGGGAAUCCCAAAGUUCUAAAAUUCUGUGGUCUACUGCUGGUGAAGCAAGACCAGAGACACAGAGACUUUGACAAACUUUUAAGACAAAGGGAGUAUGUGUGGAUAUAUAAAUUAAUAACACUGCAUCCACUGGGGUUAAAUGAGGGGUUCUCAUUUUCCCCUUUCAUUUAACCAUUUCUACCUUUACCUGCUAUUCCAUAUGCCAAGGUUAGAUUUAUUAUGAACACUGGUAUUCAUCAUUCUUUUUGGGAACAUUGCCUUACUAUUAAAUAAUUGCUUUAUUAAACUAUCUCCACAUUUGUAGGAGAGUUAAGCGAGACUUUAUGUGACUAGGGUGUUUAUCUUUUUCUGUACAGACCUUUUAACUAAUAUAUUAGGUCUUUUUUUCUAAAUACAGAUCUCACUAUUGAAUCAUCUUUAUCCAGUGUCCAUUAUUUUCUGUUGGACAUUAAUUGUAGUUAACCGAAAUUAGUAGAUACAGUAUAUAUAUUUAUAGGAAUACUCUCCUGGGAUGAUAAAAGGAUUAUGCAUUUUGGGACAGCAUCUUUUAUAUCCACUGUGACAUAUAUAUAGGAGUGUAUCACCAUCUUGUAGGAACAGCUGAGAUCACGGAUAACGUUUAUUCAUUAGAUAGCUUGUCAAGCGCAACAUUAAAUCCAGCGGCAGCAAUUUUCAUGCCUAGCCGCUGAUUUUAAAUUUAUUGCCUUCCGCUGAUUACGAUCACCUAUUAGACAUUAGCGAUGGCUCCCUGUACUGCAGGUUUACACAGUUGUUACAUUUGAAGUUUAAACCCAGUUGAUAGUUAGAAUACGUACAAUGUUAAUUUCUACCGUGAUACACAUUGUUUAUGUGUUUUCAGAUCCGUCCCUAAAUAGGAGGGUACUUUAAAGUAUUUAACUAUUAUGCACACCUAAUUCCCCCUCCCCUUUGAUGACUCAGAACACUCAGCUGUCAGAAUUAAAAAUGAAGGAGGGUGCUAAGCCAUGGAGGUGUUCCCCAGACGUCUGAAGUUUCCCAUUGGCUAAUUUAUUCAAGGAGGAGGGCUGAACCCUCCUAUAUAACAGAAUCUAAUCCUGGACACAUUUGCUCUUGACAAAGGUAGGAUUUACUGGCGAAACGCGUGUUGAGCUACUUAGUGUGCCUUUUAGUUCUCGUUUCUAUUGAGGGGAGAAUAGUUUGUCUAUCCGUUUCUGUUAGCUGCAGCUCUUUAUGUUAAACACGCAGGGCAAGCUACAUAGAAUCCUUUAGCUGCCAUGAAGUAGCAGAUAGCAUAGGUGAUAAGGUUGGAUAGCUCUAGCCAUUUCUCUGGAUAGCCUCCUAGAUACGGAGGGUUAUUAGCACGGCUGGUUUGGGAGUGGGGUUUGGCUGCCAUUGGGUUUAUUGUAGGGUUAUGCCUCCAUCCAACUAGAUGCAGGUCUACUCCCACUACUCCAUCUGAGGGGUCUUAUUCAUAGAACCCCCCUGGCUAUUACCUAUCUCUGACCAUCUUUUCACCUUCUGUCCUACACAGGCUACAUGUUCUGUAUGCUGUCUGCUGUGUAAUUGAUAUCCUGAGCACCUCGGACGUUUUGCCCACCUCAGGCUAUACUAUACAUAUUGUUUUGUGCAUGCAGCACACUUAGGUUUCUUAUAGGGAUUUUUUUUAUACCCUUACAGUGAUUUUUCAAUACCCUUUAUACUUGUUGAUUAUUACGAGACACUUUCUCCUGCUCUCCUUUUUUCAAUUUACUCUAUUGUAUUUUAACUUUAGGUUGUUGUUUAAAUUUUUCAUUAUUAUUUUGUUGUUUUGCCAUUACCUUUGAAUGAUUCUACUUAGGAGGUAAUUUCAGUAAGGGGGGUUUCUACCUUUGUUAGGCAGAUUCCUUUACCUUAUUUGUAUCUUUUUUCUAAUGACAUGAGUUAAUUGACAACUGGUCAUUAUAUCUGUUAAGAAUAGAUCACGUAACCUGUGACAGAGAAAUCAGAUAUUGUGACAUUACUAGACAUUCAAUGUCACUUAUUAUAAAAUGUAUUUUCAAUGUACUCUGUUCUCUCUUGUUUGCAUUAUAUAAAACACUUUUAAUCUAAAAAUAACAUUAACAUAAGUGUGCAAAGGACAUUAAUGUAGGAAAAAGCUCCAAUCUAUACUAAUACAAUGAGCUGUAAUAUUAUAAUAAGUUGUAAUGAUAUAAUAAGCUGUAAUAAUACACUGAGCUUUAAUAAUACAAGAAGCUACAGUAAUACACUGAGCUGUAAUAAUAGAAGAAGCUGCAGUAAUACAAUGAGCUGUGAUAAUACAUUGAGCUGUAAUGAUACAAAAAGCUACAAUAAUACAAUAAGCUGUAAUAAUACAGUGAGCUGUAAUGUUACAAUAAGCCAUAGUAAUACAACAGGCUGUAAUUAUACAAUAUCCUGUAAUACAAUGACCUGUAAUAAGAAGCUGUAAUAAUAAAAUAAAGUGUAAUAAAACACUGAACUGUUAUAAUACAAUGAGGCUGAGCUGUAAUAAUACAAUAAGGCAUAAUAAAAUAAGGUGUAAUAAUACACUGAACUGUAAUAAUACAAUGAGCUUUAAUGUUACAAUGAGCUGUAAUGAAACAAUAAGCUGUAAUAAUACACUGAACUGUAAUAGUACAAUGAGCUGUAAUAAUACAAUAAACUGCAACAGUAUUGUAAUAGUAUUGUAGUUGUUAUGUUGAUUAAAGGGUGUAUUCAAAGACUGUACCGGUUACACAUUUUAUAGAAUCGGAUGUAAUUCUGCACGUUCUGAUCAUAUUAAUAAACAUGUUAGAGCCUCCCUAUUAAACAUGACACAUGCAUAGUGUCCAGGUUCAGAUCUACCAACGAGCUCGAACCUACCAAUACCAUUCCAAACCUAACUGUUCGUAGCAAACUAAUACUAACAUACCUAUGAACAAAUGACCUACUCCCCAACUUUUCUAUCCAUCCCCCACCACAGCUCAGAGCUUGACUCCUUAAGCUACUUAAGCACCCCCAACAAAAACACAGCUUUCUGUAAACCAUUCUGAAAACCUAGUAACAAAGUCCAGGCCCACAUCGGAAAGAUGAACACCAUCAGGCCGGUAAUAUCCAGGAAUCAUAGCUUCCAAAUCCCAAUGCCGAACGACCACACCCCCACUCGACGAAAAUAAUUCACCAUAAUUUUAUUCACCUUACCCCUGCUUUUUUCUAAUGCCCUCACAUCCCUAGCAUGAUACAAAUGCAAAUGGGGAAUCAUUUCAGACCAUAUCACCACCACCCCUGGGACCAUCUGCCGCAAAGUGUCCACAUCCGUCUUCAUCUGCUCAAUCAAUUCCCGCUGCAGGACCUGCCCCAAAUAGUUCCCCCCAGCGUGUACCAAUAUCACAUUUGGCACCUGAUCUUCACCAACCCGCCUCCAUAACUCACAACACCCCACCCGCCAGCUGGAACCCCGAAAACCAAACCACAAAACUCGGACUACUGAACAAGGAAAGCCCAGCUGCAUGCCGUGACGAACUGCGGCCUUCCUUUUUGCCCAGUAGAUGAACGAUUGUCCAAUCACCCAAGCAUUCCAGCCUAUGGGAGAAAAAAAAAAAAGGUUAAUACAAACGUUCCACAUUUCCAACCAUGUAAACAAACAGAUUAACACAUGCACCCGCCCGACACCCAACUGAACCUAAACUAAAUGGUCAGGUCUCACAUAUGUUUUAAAACGAACAGAUUCCCACCUACUGAUCUUCUUAACCAAGUCCUCUGUCAAGCCCAGCUGGGUAGCCUCAGUCAUGGCCCCGAUUCAGAAAGAGUGCGCCCCAUACUGCUAUGGAGCCAAACAGAUAUGUGCUAAGGUUAACCGGAAAACCCUAAAGAAUUGGAACCGUGAUAAGGAGGACCCAUCAGUGUGAACCAAAAACGAACACCGAACAACUGCACGUAUUGCCCGAAAAGCAAAAGCAGAAGAGACCGGACAAACUUUGACACCUGGCAACAAAAACAGUACUACCGAGCAACCAGUACCAAAGACGUCAGUCUUUGACCGACUUUAAUGCAAUACCACCCAGUCUUCCCAUAAUUUGACCUCCGAAAGCUGCAAACCCCCUUCCACCAAAGCAAUUGCCACUGACCAGUUCGCUCACCCGAAAUGCCCCAAAAAAGGCCCAACUAAAGGCCCCGGAAAACAGAAGAAUUUCAUAUUCCGAAGAACAAACCUCCGGGAGCAUGCCAAACAAACCGCGGAGGACCUCAAACGAUACAGGCCGCCCACAUCACGCAACGCCCGCCCCUUCCGGUACCCAUAAGUGUUUGCUGGACAAUGAAAUGCUUAGUCAUGUCCUCCCAGCCAUUAAGAGUGAAUAAGAACGCUAGCGCUGUCAUGUUCCGCCCCACAACGGAAGAAGUAGCGCCCCUGAAGCAAACCGCCUACACAAGAACCACAAAAGCAUCUCCAACCUGGAAUUAGCAGAGCAGUGACCCACCGCCUUCCACACGCCAUCACCCUGUCCCAAUCCUGCCAAACAUUGACGUAGGCUACCCAUGUGGACGGCGCCGGUGAUUCUCUUAUGAGUCCGCCAAGCAAGAUAUCCCGGGCUGCUACACCUCCGCCGGACAGGGAACCCCUUCCUUCUGCGCGUCCGAGCCGCUGACCGAAAUCUCGCCCUCUGAAAAUGAGAGAGCGAGUCAGCAACAAUAUUCAAGAACCCGGGCACAUUCACGCCUGGAAAACCACAUGAAAUUUCAUGCAAUACAAAACAAAAUGGCGAAGUAGCCGAACCACUGAGAUGGAGGAAGCAGAUAAACCGUUAACAGCAUCCACUACUGACAUGUUAUCCGUGAAAAAUAUCAACUUCCUGUACUUCAACUGCCGCCCCCACAAAGCCAAAGCCACCACCAAUGGAAAAAAUUCCAGAAAUGCCAAUUUUCCAUGCCUCCGGCCAAGGUUCCGCACACCAGUGCCCAGCAAAAUAAGCUCCAAACCCAACACUCCCCAACGCAUCCGUAAACAAUUCCAAGUCUUGCGACGCAACCGCCACCUCCCGAAAAAACACCCGACCACUAAAAUCCUGCAGAAAAACCGACCACACCUCCAAAUCAGCCUUCAUGGAAGCCGAAACCCGUACAAAAUGAUGGGGGAAUGAAACACUCGUAGCCCUAGCCAGGAACCUAUUAAACAACCGACCCACCGGAAUCACCUGGCAAGCAAAAUUCAAAUGACCUAUCAAGGACAGCAGAGCCCGCAACGUAACCUUCCUAGAUCCUUGGACCUCAGAUAUCGCUUACCGAAGAGCAAUCAGCUUGUCCUCUGGCAAGCGACACACCCCCGCACUUAAUCAAUCUCCAAGCCCAGAAAGGAUAAGCAGGUUGUGGGACCCACAGUCUUAUCCCCCUGCCAAAGGCACGCCGAAAACUUGUGCGACCCAUUCCAGUGUUCGCAAGCCCACCCGGCACACAUCCAACCCGGCUGGCCCGACGCAAAGAAAAUCAUCGAGAUAAUGGACUAUGAAUUUUGUGCCUGCCUCCACCCGGACCACCCACUCCAAAAAGGAACUGAAUUUUUUUCGAAGUAGGCGCAUGAGAUGGAACAACCCAUAGGUAAGCACAAAUCCACAUAGUACUGCCAUUCAAAAAAACAAACCAAAAAAAUAGCCCAGGAGAUGAUGACAAUCGGGGUGGAUUGGCAAUAAGUGGAAUUCCGCUUCCAUGUCCACGUUAGCCAACAAUGCUGCUUGGCCCACCCUCCGAACCAACUUGAUGAAGUUGUUGAAUGAUGUAUAAGAGACUGAGCAAAGAUCCCGGUCGAUAUCAUCAUUCACGGACAAUCUUUUCAGAUACGACAAAUGAUGUAUCGCCGGUACUUACCAGGUUCCUUCUUUGGCACCACCCCUAAGAGGGAAACCUAAAGACCCGCCAAUGGUGGCGCCGCAAACGGCCCCGCCUUCCACCCCAGUUGGACCUCCUUUAUCAACUUUUCCCGCACGAUACCGGGAAAAUCCCCCACAGAUUUCAAAUUGUGCAGACAUUGGACCACCUUCCUCCCCCGGAACGGAAUGACAAAACCGUAAACAAACCCAUCCCUCAGCAGCGCCGCAUAUACUUGAUUACCGUAGCGGUAUAACCACGACUCCAUCGCGCCUACCCUCACCAGCAUUAACCCCAGCGGAAGAGGAUUUGAUUGCCACCCACUGUACCCCCCCCCCCCGGCCUUUGAAGGCUUCUCCUACUUGAAACAUCUGCUAUAGCUAUGUGCCCCCCCACAUCCCGAGCACUUGUGCUUGAAACGACAGGAGGCUCCCCACGGCCCUUAUUGAAGAGCCAGCAGAAACCUUUUCUCUGGACGGCCGACGAGGCUGAGGCAGGGACUGCGCCGGCCCCUGCUUGAAAGGGGGAUGCCUUCUGCGCCAUCAUCAGCUUCAUCCACAGCAGGAGAUCCACCUGAUCCCAUCUCAUUCCCUGGGUUAACUGCAAGGCAUUGACUAAAUUGCUUGUCAUAACUCCACCAUGUCCGGUACACCUUCCAGAUACCGUCCAGAUGGCAGACUAAUUGAGAGCAGCGAUUCGGGGACUUCUCCCCCACCACACUGGCCAGUAUGCAGAAGGCACUAAAGCCUUCUGCAUACUGGCAACUUAGGGAUCUUCCGAUACCAUCUCCUCUUCUCUUCUUCCUCUUUCUUGCUAUCCUUCUUGUGUAUCUCCACAAACUCCCCUUUCCAAAUACUGUCCUUCAGCUCGGGCUUAAGGUGACAGCCCAAUGGUCCUGCAAAUGGUACAUGCACGUUUUUGCGUGCCACCUCCGGGACGCCCCCACUCAGCUCUGCCCGCUCACUCCCCAACUCCCGCGUCGUUGAAGUCACUGUCCACCGCCUUACCCCCAUCUACACUCCAAGACUCUAGAAAGGACUUUAAACCCUCAAACAUAUCCCCAGAAUUACGGGUUUCCAUUGACUCACCAUCCAAACCUCUUGCUGCUGAAGGCCGCGAGGCAGCAUCCCAAGUGCCUUCGUCCUGGCGGUGGCGCGGUGGCGCAGUGGCGCUUCCCGCCGUGAUUCUUCCUCCUGUGGUCAUACCCUUUCCGUGGGCGACCGUCCCGGAGACCUGGAAUGAGAAAACAUCCUGGUUACUUUGCCCUAAUGUGCCCCAACAUCCCUGUCGUCUGCCCGGGGUUGACCAUGUAUGCUGCCCCCGUGCCUCCCCUCGUCCUGACCCCAUUGGCCAUACCCACCUGACGGGAGACCUCUGCCGUCCCCUUCCUGAGAACUCCCGCUGGAAGAACGAGCUACCUGGUACCGGUCACCGUUCUUCCUAACAGGGGAAUCUAUGUGUCGACCCCGCGUCAUGACCACCGGUGAUCCCCUACCGUCUCCUUGCCUCGCACCCUGCAGAACACUCCUGGAGCGUGUGCGGGAGCCCUUCCUAUUGGCAUCCCACUGGGACUUUAUGUCUGAGCCCUGGUUGCAGUGAUGUCCGCCCACCGUCAACCCGUCCAAGUGGUGACCCCCCAGAGUACGUCUCCCCCUUUGUGCGUCCACAUUACUGUGGAGUCGCCCUCCCUGUCAGCUUGGGAGGGGACCGUGAGAAGCUGCUCCCAGACCCCCGCCUGUCCAGGGAAACUGACCCUUGCCUAAGGACUUUGUACUGCCCCCCCCGCUAACCUCAUCCCCCCUUAUAAGCCACCGCCUGCAUGACGCCCCAGUGCCAGUAUGCAGGUGACCCGUGUUGGUGACCGACUCACCUGUAGCUGAAACUGCACCGUCCACCAUCGAUCCUGUCCUUGUAGCCCUCCCGGCUUCAUUAGGGCCAACCACAAAGUCCACUGCCAAGUAAACUGCCUUUUGCCUGGUAACCGCCUUGCCCACCAUGGAAACCGAACCAGAGUCACCACCAGUUUUCCUGGGUUCGCGGCCUGAACGAUCUAAAGUGGCCACAGCCCGUUUGGGAGAAAUCCAGCUUUCCUGUUCGCGGCUCGAACAUUCGGCAGCUCCCUGUUUGCGGCUCAAACGUUCGACAGUUUCCACUUGUUCAGCAGCUCCGCCGUUUACUUGAUCGAGGACAGAAAGACCAGCCAUUCCCGACUGCACUGAUUCGCGGCCCGAACGUCCUUACACCAUCCCGUUCGCAGGAACACAUCCUGGCCGUGCGGCCACACUCCGAUGCCUUCCUCGCGGUGCGGCCGUCAUGGGACUCCGGCCAGCCGCCGCUUCAGCCCUACCAGGCUCCACUGUUGGGUUCUGGCCCCUUCGAUCCCUGUUCGUGGGGGCUCAAAAUCUGCGACGGUCUGGUCCUUCUAGGGUGACGACUUCCCGGGGACGAAGAGAAAAGCCCGGCCAGGCGCAAAGCAUCUCCCAGACAACCUUGAAGCCACUCCACUCCCCUCUCCAGCACAGCAUUCCGGACUCCAGCCAACAGCUACUCCAUCUUCAAACAGCAAGUUGUACCUGAAAGACAAAAACAGAGACACCUCACUGACCUGCCACAACAACAGGUAAGUGAGGAUUAAGUAAGAUGGCCCCUAAUCUAAAAUGGCCCCCUAUAUAUACUCCCAUUACCCAAAACCCCACCCCCACUAUCAACAUAGCCAAUCCAUAUACAUACCUGUAACGGACCGUUUUGCACAAAAAGGGGAAAAAACCGCUUAGACGAUAAUCCCCUUUUCAGAGACAGGCACAGCUACUGAAUAAUCACCAAAACUCACGAACCGCCAAUAAGUGAAUGCUCCAAACUCCCGAACGGCAUACAAGGGAAUAAGGUAGCACUUCAAAUAAACGAACAGGAACCAUACGAAUAGCUGCUAGCAGGCGAACAGGAAAAGCUUCCAAGCGGCUUACACUCCUGGCAAUCAGUCCUUAGCAGCAUACAGUAAAUCCCCCCAAAGACGAGACAAGGCUCCGUGUUGAGGGUCAAGCAGUGGUCUGUUUAAUGAGGGCUACCUGCCCAGCUUUUAUGCAGGUCUCCCACCUGGUGGACACUCCCCUAGGGGACCAAAUGGGAGACUGUGACAAGGGACAGACAAGUAUACAAAAAGGACACACAGUCACAGUAUAUUCCCACAAUGCAUCCUGGCUUCCUCCCCUCUGCCCUGGGAGAUAAUUGGGAAGUAACUCAAUUAUCUCCCAAGACAAAGGCAAAACUCCAUUACACACGUGGGAACACAAAAACAGCAUUAUACUUUAAAAUACAUAGAGUAACAUUUACUACAUUAAACACAGGCAUGUAACACAUCCCCAGAUAGCUCAGGUCUGAGUGCACAUUAUUAGGUGAAUGGCACUCAGACUACACGAAUACAGUUCAAUCGCCAUGGAGCCAAAGUCUUUACAGUCAGUUUCAUACGAAUGGGCUCCAUGGGAUUCCUAUCUGGGGUAUAAGACAUUCACACAAAAAUACCGAACACCGGGUCAUUCGUGUGCUUUCACCGAACAAGAAGGGAGGUCGGCGGCUUCAGCGGUGUUCGCGCAAAACUGUGUCCGAUUUUAGUUCCAUGAAAAUAGAGGCGAACACCGCUGUUCAUUCGUAUGGUUUAAAAUGGCCGCGACCUCGUGUUCGGGAUACGAACGGCGGCCACCCAGCGUUCAUCAAUUAAGCUGCGGUUAACCGCAGCUUCAGGGAGGUUAAUUGCCGGCACACUCCAGCUCCCAGGUGGUCCAGUCAUUCGUACGGUUGUUCGGUAGAUUGAAACUACCGAACAACCGGCAGAAAAGCAUGAAUUGGGGCUAGGCCGUCUUUAACGCUGGGCAAACGGGCAGCUCCUCUAGCCUCUUUUUGGGGCCUGAGGCAUCGCCUGCGGCCUCGCUGACUAAAGAAGGCGGGGCGCUUUGCCCAAGACCGCACUGAUGCCGGAGCCGAAGAUGACGCUAUCUUCCGGCGCCGGCAUCCUACGCGGCGCGCGAGGGAGCUGAAGAGGAAGCAGUGAGUGCUCCCUCGCGCGCCCGCCUUCCUGCCCGACCGGCCACCCGCCCAGGAGCCCACCAGCACCACUGGACCCCAGGGAAUCCCCCCAGCACUCCAAAAGGUAAGGAGGCUGGGGGGAUUACAUUUUUUAAAAAAAAAUGUGUGUUUGUGUAUGUGUGUGUUAGUGUAUGUGAUUGUGUGUGUGUGUAUGUGUGUGUUAGUGUUUUGUGUGUUAGUGUGUGUGUUUGUGUGUUAGUGUGUGUGUGUUAGUGUGUGUGUGUGUGUGUUAGUGUGUGUGUUAGUGUAUGUGUGUGUGUGUCAGCAUGUCUGUGUGUGUGUGUCAGUAUGUCUGUCUGUGUGUGUCAGUAUGUCUGUCUGUGUGUCAGUAUAUAUGUGUGUAUAUAUCUGUGUGUGUCAGUAUGUAUGUCUGUCAGUGCGUCAGUAUGUCUGUUAGUGCAUGUGUAUGCAUGUGUCAGUAUAUCUGUCUGUGUGCCAGUAUGUCUGUGUGUGUGUGUGUCAGUAUAUCAGUCUGUGUGUGUCAGUGUAUGUGCCUGUGUGUGUGUGUCAGUAUUUCUCAGUGUAUGUGGGUGUCAGUAUAUCUGUCAGUGUGUGGGUGUCAGUAUUUCUGUCAGUGUAUGUGUGUCAGUAUGUUGAUCAGUGUAUGUGUCUGUGUGUGUGUGUCAGUAUGUCGGUAUAUGUGUCUGUGUGUCAGUAUGUCUGUAUAUGUGCCUGUGUCAGUAUGUCUGUCAGUACGUCUACCAGUGUAUGUGUCUGUGUGUGUGUCAAUAUAUGUACCUGUGUCAGUGUGUCUGUCAGUGUAUGUGCCUGUUUAUCUGUAUGUAGUCAGUGUAUGUAUCUGUGUAUCUGCUUGUGCGUCAGAGUGUGUACCUGUGCAUCUGAGCCGCAACUUUAAAUACAAAUACACCCCUCCAUUCAAACUUCAACACUACAUAUAAAACACACUCCUGCAUUGAAACGUCAACACUACAUACAAGCACACUCCUACAUUCAAAAACAAACACUACACAUAAAUGCACACUUGCAUUCAAACUCCAGUACCACAUACAAACACAUUCACACAAACAUACUCCAUACAAACACAUGCUUACAUUCAAACAUACUAACAUGGCUCAGUGCUAAAUACAACCCUGCAAGCAUGGGAAAUUGGUAGAGUCCCAGCUGUCAAAGCAUUGUUGGAGUUGCACGACAGAUGGGGUUCUACCUUUAGUCCAACCUUGCAAUUGGGGGUCCCAAUAAAAUUCAUUCUACUUUAGUACCGCCACUGCGUUGGGAUGGAUGCCGUGAUUGCAUACCAGGGAGUGAGGGGCGAGAGCGGCAGGGCACAGGGGGCCCAAGCAAACACUUGCCCAGGGUCCAUUCGUUAUUAAAGACGGCCCUGAAUAUGGCUUUUCUGCAUGGAAAAAUAAAGUCUUUUAAAAGGGGGCCAUAGUCCAAAGGCAGCAGACGAGCAACCAGGCUUCUCCAAUGCAAUGUGGCGAGAUUGGUCUUGUCACAUCUCUCCCCUUUUCCAAACAGACUAACAGGGUAUCUGACCUCCUGCCGGUCAGUGCCCUUGUUAGUCCAGCAGCCCACCCACAACAAAUAAUCAACAGCACAGCCCACCCACAAUAAAUGGUUACUACACCUGGGUAAAGGGGAAGCUUGUCCAUGUCCAGGUGCCUCACCACGGCUGUGCUGGGUACGGGUACGCUGACUUGGUGGGUUGCUGCGUGGGCAGAGACCAGCGGCACUCUGCCCUGUUGCCAGCGCUACUGGGAGGGUAGCCUGGUGGAAGCCUGGUUGUUGGAGGGGGAGACCGACUGUCUCCCCUUUAAAUACACCGCUCUGCUGCUGCUGCUGGAGACUGACUGUCUCCCCUUUAGAUGCACAGUCCUGCUGCUGGAGACUGACUGUCUCCCCUUUAGAUGCACAGUCCUGCUGCUGGAGACCGACCGUCUCCCCUUUGGUUACCCAUCUCUGCUGCUGGAGGGGGAGACCGACUGUCUCCCCUUUGGCUAAACAGCCCUGUCGCUGGGGGGCAGGACCGACCGUCCCUACCCCCUGUGCUGGCAGUGUAGAGACUACGGUCCCAUCUGCACGGUUGUGGGGCUUACUGUCUCCCCUUUGUACAUUAAGCUGCCGCUGGGGAGAGGGGGUAACAAGCUCCUCUCCCAUACAUACUUCCAGCUGUGGGGGAGGGAGACCGACUGUCUCUGCUCCCAAUACAGAGUCCUGCUGCUGGGGAAAGGAGACUGGGCUCUCUAUUCCCGGUAGGACACUCUGCCGCUGGGGAAUGGAGAUGGGGCUCCCAAUUCCCAAAGCAUCAUACUGCCGCUGGGGAAUGGAGACUGGGCUCCCAAUUCCCAAAGCAUCAUACUGCCGCUGGGGAAUGGAGACUGGGCUCCCAAUUCCCAAAGCAUCAUUCUGCCGCUGGGGAAUGGAGACUGGGCUCCCAAUUCCCAAAAAAUCACGCUGCCGCUGGGGAGGGAGGACACUGCUCUCCUCUCCCUGGACUUCCCACUGCCUUCCCGGCAUAUCACUUGGCUGCUGGGGGGCAGGAACAACUACCUCUGCCCCCUGUAUCUCAGCCUGCCGCUGGGGAGGGAGGACGCUGUUCUCCUCUCCCUGCACUUUACACUGCCUUCCCGGCAUAUCACUCUGCUGCUGGGGGGCAGGAACAACUACCUCUGCCCCCUGUAACUCAGCCUGCCGCUGGGGAAUGGAGCUCAGGCUCCCAAUUCCAUGCAAUAUCUCCCGCUGGGGAAUGGAGCUCGGGCUCCCAAUUCCCUGCAAUUUCUCCCGCUGGGGAAUGGAGCUCGGGCUCCCAAUUCCCUGCAAUUCAUUCUGCUGCUGGGGGACAGGAGCGACUAUCUCUGUCCCCUGUAACUCAGCCUGCCGCUGGGGAAUGGAGCUCAGGCUCCCAAUUCCCUGCAAUAUCUCCCGCUGGGGAAUGGAGACUGGGCUCCCAAUUCCCAAUAAAUCACACGGCCGCUGGGGAAUGGAGACUGGGCUCCCAAUUCCCUGCAGGACCGGUGGAGAGACCUCGGUCCCAUCUCUACCGGCCACCUGGGGUUCUUCCCAGAAAAUAUCCACAAUGUCUUCCCAGCUGAAUGGGUCUGGUUCUGGCUCUGUCACCUUGCUGUCCUGCUGAAUCUUCUCAAUGGAGUGGAAGAGAUCUCGGUAGUCCUGCUCCAGUUCCCACUCCAGGGUUGCUAGGUGAGCCAGGUCUUGCUCAAUGUCGUGAGUGUCGCCCCAGUCAUACCUGCUCUCCCUCCACUCCAAGAGAUCACUGAACCGGGCUUGUGUAGGGCUCCCAAAUUCAGGCUCUGAAAAAGCCUCCCAUAACAAGCCAGGACCAUCAAACUCCUCUCCCUCUGGCUUGUCAUGCUCGGCUGUCCAGGGCAGGUACUGUGCCCCAUACCACCAAAGCGCCUGGUAUGCAUCUUCCAGCCAAAUCUCCUGCCAUACCCGGUGCUCCAAUUCCUUCACCCAUUCAUCUAGGGGCUGCUCUCCCAGGAAGGGCAUCCGCAGGGCCACUUGCUUCUGCAACCGCUGCUCUUCACUGGGGAGACUCUCACCCCGCUGGUACUGUACAUUAUCCAGGGCCUGGUACCAGAUGCCUUUCCUUAAUGCAUCCCGGCCAUCCAGGUCCUCCUCCUCGUAUGACACUGCUGGUUCCAUGCUGUUGCUGUCAGGGUCGCUGUACUCAGACAUGCGUUGCCCUCAAAUUGUAAAUCCAAGGAAUGGUGUCGCCUGUAGCUGUCCUGUAGUCUGUGGGAACGAUCCCACUGCUGCCACCAAUUGUAACGGACCGUUUUGCACAAAAAGGGGAAAAAACCGCUUAGACGAUAAUCCCCUUUUCAGAGACAGGCACAGCUACUGAAUAAUCACCAAAACUCACGAACCGCCAAUAAGUGAAUGCUCCAAACUCCCGAACGGCAUACAAGGGAAUAAGGUAGCACUUCAAAUAAACGAACAGGAACCAUACGAAUAGCUGCUAGCAGGCGAACAGGAAAAGCUUCCAAGCGGCUUACACUCCUGGCAAUCAGUCCUUAGCAGCAUACAGUAAAUCCCCCCAAAGACGAGACAAGGCUCCGUGUUGAGGGUCAAGCAGUGGUCUGUUUAAUGAGGGCUACCUGCCCAGCUUUUAUGCAGGUCUCCCACCUGGUGGACACUCCCCUAGGGGACCAAAUGGGAGACUGUGACAAGGGACAGACAAGUAUACAAAAAGGACACACAGUCACAGUAUAUUCCCACAAUGCAUCCUGGCUUCCUCCCCUCUGCCCUGGGAGAUAAUUGGGAAGUAACUCAAUUAUCUCCCAAGACAAAGGCAAAACUCCAUUACACACGUGGGAACACAAAAACAGCAUUAUACUUUAAAAUACAUAGAGUAACAUUUACUACAUUAAACACAGGCAUGUAACACAUCCCCAGAUAGCUCAGGUCUGAGUGCACAUUAUUAGGUGAAUGGCACUCAGACUACACGAAUACAGUUCAAUCGCCAUGGAGCCAAAGUCUUUACAGUCAGUUUCAUACGAAUGGGCUCCAUGGGAUUCCUAUCUGGGGUAUAAGACAUUCACACAAAAAUACCGAACACCGGGUCAUUCGUGUGCUUUCACCGAACAAGAAGGGAGGUCGGCGGCUUCAGCGGUGUUCGCGCAAAACUGUGUCCGAUUUUAGUUCCAUGAAAAUAGAGGCGAACACCGCUGUUCAUUCGUAUGGUUUAAAAUGGCCGCGACCUCGUGUUCGGGAUACGAACGGCGGCCACCCAGCGUUCAUCAAUUAAGCUGCGGUUAACCGCAGCUUCAGGGAGGUUAAUUGCCGGCACACUCCAGCUCCCAGGUGGUCCAGUCAUUCGUACGGUUGUUCGGUAGAUUGAAACUACCGAACAACCGGCAGAAAAGCAUGAAUAUGGCUUUUCUGCAUGGAAAAAUAAAGUCUUUUAAAAGGGGGCCAUAGUCCAAAGGCAGCAGGCGAGCAACCAGGCUUCUCCAAUGCAAUGUGGCGAGAUUGGUCUCGUCACAAUACCGUUAUUCUAUGCCUGUCUCCUAGCAAUGUCAAGGCCCAUUCCCCUUAGCUGCGCUGCUCCAUGGGCUACAAGAAUCGUCUUGAAGGAAUUUUGCAAUGGCCCCAGUUGCUGCAUGCACUCAUCACUGGCUGGAUAACUGGGUCUGCCCCACGGUAUGUUUGGAAAUGAGGAAAUCUGCUAACAGUUUAGAUGAUAUGAUUUCCAGAAGAAGUGUGUUAUCAAAGAUUUUUUGAAAGAGUGGAGACUAGGUGAAAGUCUAAUGGAGAAGGGAAGCGAGUUCCACAGAAAAGUCCUGUAAAAGUUUUGGAGGCGAGCAUCAGGUGUGAGCGUGCGGAUAGGACGAGUCAAGAUGGGCGGAGAGAGAUCAGGAGAGGACAGGUAGAUUUGUGUGUCAUCUGCAUGUAAAUGAUAAUGAAAGCCAAAAGGAGCUGAUGAGUUUACCAAGGGAGGCAGUAUAGAUAGAGAACAGUAGGGGACCAAGGACUGAACUUGGGGGAUGCCAACAGAGAGGGAUUGGGGAGAAAAGGUAGAGCCAGAGAAAGAAAGAAAUACUGAAAAAGUGCUGGGAGAGGUAGGAGGAGCACCAGGAGACAGCAGUAUCUUGUAAACCGAGAUUACGGAGAAUGAGAAGAAGCUGAUGAUGAUCAACUGUGUCAAAGGCAGCAGAAAGAUCAAGGAGAAUUAGGAUAAAGUAAUGGCCACGAGAUUUAGCAGCGAUUAAAUCGUUGGAUACUUUGGUCACAGCUGUUUCAACAGAGUGACGAGCGCGGAAUCCAGACUGAAGCGGGUCAAGCAGGGAGUGGGAUUUGAGGAAGUCUGUCAAUCCGCUUACACAACUCUCUCAAGGAUCUUGGAGGCAAAUGGCAGUUAUGAUAUAGGGCGGUAGUUGGAUGGGGAGUUGGGGUCAAGGUUGGGCUUUUUCAGAACCAGCGUUAUGGUCGCAUGCUUGAAAGGUGAGGAAAUGAGCCAGAGGAAAGGGAGAGAUUGAACAUUUUAGUGAGAGGAAGAGCAAGAGAGGGAGACAGAGUGCAGAUAAGAUGUGAAGGAACAGGAUCGAGGGAGCAGGUGGUGGUGUGGGAGGACCAAAGCAGAGCAGAAACCUCUGCUGUUGUAGUAGGUGCGAAUGAGCAUACAACAGCAGGUUGGGUGAUGUAUUAGAAGUGGAGGGAGAGAGCUUAGAGAUCUCUUCAAGGAUUGUAGAAACCUCAGUGAAGUGAGUUGCAAAGUUUGAGGCGGACAGGGUGGUAGGAGGAGGGGGAGCAACAGGUUGAAGGAGAGCAUUAAAAGUGUGAAAUAGUCGUUUGGGUUUGCGGGAGCGUGUGGUUAUGAGGGUAUUGAAGUAAUUUACUUUUGCAGAGGAAAUAGCCAGAGUGUAGGAGUGCAGCAUACAUUUAUAGAGGAGGAAGUCAGGUGCAGAGUGAGACCUUUUCCAACAGCGUUCAGCAGUUCUUGAACAUUUUUGGAGAUAUUCAGUCAGAUUGAUGUGCCAGGGUUGUAAUUGGGAACGCUUGCUAGGUUAAAAUGUAGGAGGUGCCAUGAUGUCUAGUUGAGAGGAGAGAGUGGAUUUGUAGAGUGAGGUUGCAGAGUUAGGGCAAGUGAGAUUUAAGAUGGGUAAAAGAAGAGUUUGGAGUUUGGUGGAGAAAUGCUGGAGAUCAAGGCAGUGGAGGUUUCUGUGAGAUUGGAGAGUUUCCAAAUUUUAUUUAAAGGGCUAUGAGCAAUUGUGUCUAAAAAGAUAAUGGCGCAGGAAUCUAGCCAAAAAUCAUUAUAUAAAAUACACAAUAUUUAAAACCAUUAACGCGUUUCACCACUAGGGUUUUAUCAAAAUGGAUAAUUUUGAUAAAACCCUAGUGGUGAAACGCGUUAAUGGUUUUAAAUGUUGUGUAUUUUAUAUAAUAAGUGAUUUUUGGCUAGAUUCCUGCGCCAUUAUCUUUUUAGACACAAUUCUACUUUCCUGGCAUUUUAUUCAUCUUCCAAUACCAAUCCAGAGGUGGGGAUUAUACCACCAACGCUACUACCAGAGUGCAGUGACGUCUGCACUCCAUUUGUGAGUAUAUUUUAUUAUUUUUUAUCAUCUAUCACGUUAUAUCAUCAGAGAGCACUAUUUGCUGUUUUUUUUCCUCUUCCCCUGAAUCUUUUAUAUUUUAUUUUUUAUUGUAAUUUCUAUGCCGUCAGAAGGCAUGACGACAUAGAUUAUCAUAAGUGAUUAACAUUUUUCAAAUAAAUCUGAACAUUCCAUUCGAUUAAAGCCGUCCGAGGUCUGGUAUCUGUAUUGUGGCAGGUACUUCAUGAAGUACACAGAAGAAAAAAGAAGACUGACUGUUCAGGGCUUAAGUAGAAAAUUAAAACAUAGCUUUUAUUGGCAAGUAUGGUAAAAAGGAUGCAAUAAAUAGAAAUCUGAUCACUAAGAACACUGCUCCAUCCAUUAUCUAAAAAAAUAAUAUGUGAGACAAAAUAAAUAUUGAUAUGUGAAAAAGUGCAAUCCCAGGUGUACCUCACAACAACAUCCAACAAAAAAGGAAAAGGAGUCUUGUGCAUCCAGUAGAAGUGUGCACACCCAGGUGCUACCACAGUUUAUUUGAGGACAAUAUACAAACAGCAAACACUUCAGGCGAAAACACAGUCUCAAUGCUAAUUGACAUUAGCAUUGAGAAAGGGCAUUAGCCCGAAACGUUUGCGGCUUGUAGUUUGUCCUCAAAUAAACUGUGGUAGCACCUGGGUGUGCACACUUCUACUGGAUGCGCAGGACUCCUUUUCCUUUAUUGUUUGUUGUUAUACACUGUUGGCACUACAGUGUGGAGCCUUUGCAGUACAGGUCUAAUUUUUUUUUGACAGACAGUUAAUUUUGUAGGCAUAUUGUUUGCCUCUACCUCACCUCAUAUAUAGUGAUCACAACAACAUCCAAAAGAAUACAAGCUAUAAAGAAUAUGUGAAAAAUCACAAUACACGUAAAAAAGUAAAUAUAACUUGAAGAGUGGUUGUAGAAUGUUCCACUAAUAUACAAUGAUAGAUGAAAAAAAUCAUAAAUAAUACACAGCAUAAUACAGUAAUACAAAACACCCCAGUGAGUAUAAAGUAAGAAAAAAAAAAAAAAUCAGGCUUAUUAUCCUUCUUAGUAGAAAUAAAAAGAAGGAAGACGGGCACAAUAGUGAAGUAAAAUAAAAACAAUGGAAUAUUUAUUGUAUUGCACUUACAAACGUGUAAAAAGUAUAAGCAUAUCUCCACCAAUAGUGGAACUCCAGCAGGGUCAGUGUCCUGUAGAACCAGCAGAAUCCGCCAAUAUCAGUGAAGAAAUAGCAGCACUAUUAAGAUAAAGAUAAACAAAGUAUAAAAUAAAAGUAAAAAAAGAGAAUCCAACGCGUUUCGUCAUGCAAAUAGGACUUCUUCAGGGAUACACAUUAAUUCCGAACACGGAGACCAUUAAAAUAGACUGGCAGUGAUGGGAAAUCAGAUCCAUGUGUGUUCACUGUGCGUUCCAGCUUGACCCACAAUGACGCACUUCUGGUGCGUCGAAUGCGGACUGUUUUGAUGUCUUCUACCGGAUCAGCGAUCUUAGUGUAUGCACGUGUGUGAAACUAGCUUGCGCCUGCUGAGAAAGCCAUAAGGCCAAAGAAGCAAAGGCCAAAAAAAAAAAUUUAAAAUAAAAUCGCCAUAACUGUAGCUCUUCAAGCAUGUACAUAAAAUUUUUUUUAAAAAGGGACAGAUACUGUGCCACCUGUACAAUGUAAAGAGUGGAUGUGAAUUAAACAUAUGCAAAAUGGAAAAACAAGAAGAAUUGAAAAAAUAAAAUAAAAAUGACAAUGAAAAUAGAAAAAUAAAUAAGAAAAAUGAAAUAAAAAUUUGAAAAUAAAAAUAAAACAAUUAUGUUAAGUAAAUGUACAUAAUGAAAUAUAAAUAAAAAUGAUUAAUAAUGCAAUAUAUAAAAUACAGUAGAAUAGACAAGUACAAUAUAUUACAAAAUUCUAGAUUAUGCUAACGUAGUGUACAUAUAAUCUUAAUUUUAGUAAUAACAGGAGGAGAGUAUUUGCAUAUCUCGCUUUACUGAAAAUCUCCAGCAGAAGUAUUAAUCAGAGCAAAAGAAGCAUGAUUUGCAUCAUUUAAUUUACAGAACAGGCCCACAACUUUGAAGAUGUUUUUUUAUUGUGAAGCAAACAACAGAUAGGACAAAAUAACAGAAAAAGUCAAUGUGCAUAAGUAUUCACCCCCUCUAAAGUCAAUACUUUGUAGAGCCACCUUUUGCGGCAAUCAGAGCUCCAAGUCACUUUGGAUAAGUCUCUAUGAGCUUGCCACAUCUUACCACUGGGAUUUUUGCCCAUGCCUCCUUGCAAAACUGCUCCAGCUCCUUCAAGUUGGAUGGUUUGCGCUUGUGAACAGCAAUCUUUAAGUCUGACCACAGAUUUUCUAUUGGAUUGAGGUGUGGGCUUUGACUAGGCCAUUCCAACACAUUUACAUGUUUCCCCUUAAACCAGUUAAGUGUUGCUUUAGCAGUGUGUUUGGUGUCCUCCGUCCUAGACUCAAAUCACGCACAGAGUGGUACAGGUUUUGCUCAAGAAUAUCCCUGUAUUUAGCACCAUCCAUCUUUCCCUCAACUCUGACCAGAUUCCCAGUCCCGGCUCCUAAAAAACAUCCCCACAUCAUGAUGCUGCCACCACCAUGUUUCACUGUGGGGGUGGUGUUCUUUGGGUGAUGUGAUGUGAUGUGUUGGGUUUGCGCCAGACAUAGCGUUUUCUUUGAUGGCCAAAAAAUUCAAUUUUAGUCUCAUCAGACCAGUGCACCUUCCUCCAUACAUUUUGGGAGUCUCCCACAUGCCUUUUUGCAAACUCAAAACGUGCCAUUUUGUUUUUUGCUGAAAGUAAUGGCUUUCUUCUGGCCACUUGCCAUAAAGCCCAACUCUAUGGAGCGUACAGCUUAUUGUCGUCCUAUGUACAGAUACUCCAGUCUCUGCUGUGGAACUCUGCAGCUCCUCCAGGGUCACCUUAGGUCUCUCUCUGUGCUGCCUCUCUGAUUAAUGCCCUCCUUGCCCGGUCCGUGUGUUUUGGUGGGCGGCCGUCACUUGGCAGGUUUGCUGUUGUGCCAUGUUCUUUCCAUUUGGUUAUGAUAGAUUUGAUGGUGCUCCUGGGGAUCAUUAAAGAUUUGGAUAUUUUUAUAACCUAACCCUGACUUGUACUUCUCAACAACAUUGUCCCUUACUUGUUUGGAGAGUUCCUUGGUCUUCAUGGCAGUGUUUGGUUAGUGGUGCCUCUUGCUUAGGUGUUGCAGCCUCUGUGGCCUUUCAAAAAAGGUGUGUAUAUGUAAUGACAGAUCAUGUGACACUUAGAUUGCACACAGGUGGACAUCAUUCCACUAAUUAUGUGACUUCUGAAUGUAAUUGGUUGCACCAGAGCUUUUAUGGGCUUCAUACACACGUGCCAAUUUUCUGUUUUCUAUUUCUAAAAAAUAGUUUCUCAUUUCAUUUCACCAACUUAGACUAUUGUGUUCUGAUCCAUCACAUUCAGAUUAAUAAAACAUUGAACUUAAGGCAGUAAUGUAAUAAAAUAGGUAAAAAGUCAAGGGGGUGAAUACUUUUGUAAGGCACUGUAAGUGCAUGCAUUAUCUGCCGUAAAAAAAAUAAAAUCCUCAGCCUCAAAACCAUACAGUAGUCUUCCCCCCACUCAUUUUGUACUACAUACUAGCAGCUAUUUAUAGAUUUAUAUCUUACCAUAUCAUACCUAUAAAUAUGUGCUCAUAUGAAGCAUUAAUUAUGGAGGUGAAGACUGUUAUAGUUUAUGGUUUUGGGGGAGUGUUCUUUUUACUUUCGUGUGUAUCCAGUGAUGUAUUUUAGAUUUGUGCUGCCCUAGGCAUGACGGAACUUGAUCACCCCAUAAUUUAAAUUUGCCCCAGUCCUUCCUGCCAAGACCACACCCCUUCCUGUUAAAGACUAACACAUAUUUUGACAGACACAUACUUAAUGUAUUUAGCACCGAGCAGUGUUUGUGUUUUUGAAUGUUUUUGUAUGGAGUAUGUGUGAGUGAAUGUACGGGUGUGUUUGCACAUAUUGGCAUUUGAAUGCAGGCGUGCAUUUUUCUGAAUAGUGGGGGUUUGGAAUAUGGUGGUGUUUUUAUGUAGUGUUGACAUUUGGAUGCAGGGUUGUAUUUGUGUGUAGUGUAGGCAAAAUGCUAAGAUGUAUGCACACAUACACAGAGGUACGCACAUACAGUUACAUAGAAACAGUCAUAUACAGACAAACACUGACACACACGUACGGACACACACAGAGACACACAGGCACAGACACACUGAUAGACACACAAACAGAUACGCAUACACACAUGUAUAAGUGUGAGUCUAUGUGUUUGUAUAGUGAAUGCAGUGUGUGUGCUUGUAUAGUGGAUAAUGAUGUGUGGAAGGGGUUGAUGGUGAGAGGGAGGAAGGUGGGGAGUAAUACUGUGAUGGAGGGGGUGAUGAUGAGAGGGAGGGGGUGAAGUGAGAGGCAUAGGGGGUAAUGGUGUGAGGGAGAGAUGAUGAGAGGAAGGGGGGUGAUGGUGAGAGGUGAUGAUGAGAGGAGUGGGUGAUGGUGCGAUGGAGGAAGGGUGAUGAGAGAGGGAUAACGUGAGAGGGAGGGGGGUGAUGUGAGAGGGAAAGGGGGUGACGUGUGGGGGGGGUUAUGUGAGAGGGAGAGGAGGGGUGAUGGUGUGAGGGAGGGGGAACAGAUUAAAUACCUUUAUUCCCUGGUGGUCUGGUGGGCUCCCUCAUGGUCCGGUGGCCACAAUAUUCGGUCUGCAGCUCUGCAGAACAUGAAUCUCGCGAGACCCAGUCAGAGCGUUGCCGUGGAUUGAUCAGAUCUCGUGAGACACAUGGUCAGCAGCUCUGCACACUGAGGAGCUGUGUCUGCUAUUGGGCGCAGGAGGGGCAUCUCACCCGGCGGCAUAUCAAUCAAGCCGCCGGGCCCCCUCCUGGUGUCUGGACCUCGUUCAGUGACCCGACACAGUCUCCGCCCCCCUCCGCUUAGUACGCCAGUGCCCAUCGGAUGACUCUACGUGCAUGGGUUCCUGAUUGGCCCCAUGAGUGUUUGGGACCCCAGAGCAGGCUCACUGGAGGUAGUCCUGCCAAUGGUACAGCACACCUCUUUUGCAAGCAGUAAUCUUUUAUUUUUAAUGCAUAGAGAAAGACAACAUUUCAACCCGCUUGUAGACCUUUAUCAGGUCAUGACUUGGUAAAGGCUUACUCACAGUUUAAACUUUGUCUUUCCUCAGUAGAACCAUCAGCACUCCUUUGUUUUGGAGCGUCCUCUUGUCCAUUAACCAGUUUUUCUGUCCACAUGCCUGUCUCUAUUUUAUAUCUGGUUUCCGAAUUGUUGGCUCCAGUUACUAUUUUGCCACUGAUCCGACCAUUGGAUCUGUAGAAUAUAAACCUUGCUGCCAACACUGAUCUUACUGAUGGUUUGUAUUUAUCGUUCGGUAUUGUGUGUAGGUCGGGUCCUGCGCAACUUCUCACAGUAUUAGAGAAUGGUUGCUACGGACUCUCCUAAUACAGGGUUUGUUGUACUUGCUUGUAUUCCGUGCUGCAGAACUUGCCAUUUUCUUUGUGCUUCCUUACAAUUCUUUAUUUAUUUUAGAAAUAUUGGUUUUACAGACAUUACAAAAACAAAAAUCAAGUAGAACAGUACUGGUUUGUCUUUUUUGUCAGUUAUGUCACUCAUUUUGUACCUGCAGAUAAGGUGGCCUCUGGGCCUUCCCAUUGACAACAAGCUGCCAUUGUAUACACACAUGGUUUCUUACAUUGACAUUAGAGAGACAAAUUCUGCAUUUUACAGAGUAAGAAUGAAUUGGCUAGAAAACCCUCUAAACACAAUUGAUAUAAAUGGGCGCAGACUGGUUUGAUAAGCCACAGCAGAAGUCGUAAAUAAGUGAUGGCUACAAAGCAAAGACAGAACGGAUUGAUAUUAAAGUGAGGGUACUCCAUGCAGCAUUCCGGCUAUGUGUAGUGUUUAUACUGCGCACAGUGUCCCUUUAAAGCCUGUAUUUCACUGUAACGUAAAUAAAGAAUAUGAAAGCCCUGAGAACAGACAAAAACCUCAGAGGAACUCAGUAGCUUGCCCUUCAGUAAAUCCCCGCUCAGGUCUUAAUUUUUUUUCUCACUUGUGCCAUUACAAAGAGAACCGAUUUCACUGUAAUUUAGCUGUGUCUGUACUAUGUCUCUCAAUGGAAGGCCAGUGAUUGGCUGAGCGUGUCAGCCGAUGUUCUCAGUCUAUCACCGAACGCCUGAACUGUGGAGUUUAGAGGAAGGUAGGGAGGAGACUGGGGUUUUUCAGACGCUGGGAGACCAACUGUAAGAUUAAAAUAGUGGUUGUCGGUAUUUCAGAAUGUUAAUUUCACACACAGAACUAAUGAAUAAAACAGAUACAUUGUGUGUUUUCAACGAUAUUUUAAAGUUUAUGAAACAAAAGUAGAAUUUUAGCCUGAAGGUGAAGCUCAGUGAGAGAACAGCUGACAUUCGGGAAAAUGCCCCCAAGUAUAAGCUAUCAAAUCCGACUGCAGGCAUUUAGAGGUAUACUUAGGAAAUGACAGCACUGGACAAUAAUAAUAAUAAUAAUAAUAAUAAUAUCUAGAAGUUUUACAUUUAAUACAACAUUUAUCUCUAACAUAAAUGAUAAAUUCAUGUUAAUAAUUACAUGUAAUACCGCACUCAAAAUUAGGCAAAAAAACCCAAAAACCAACCAAUAUUUAUUCUAUAAAUUUUAUACAAAAAAGGUGUUACAAUAGCAAGUGCUUUCGAAAGUCUUGCUGUAGAUCAAUAGCUAUAGAUAAUGGAUCACUGCUUAGAUAUGGAUGAACCCAUGUUUGCUGGGCUGUAAAUGUUUCAUUAUGUAUUUCUCCCUUUUAUUUCACAGGACACGGACCCCAUGAGAUGCCCUGUCAGUGAGCCUCGAGGCACAGUAUUGUGAGUACCAGCAAACAGCAUUUAUUGCAACAAACUUUCUCCACAGAAUUAAUAGUCUAAAAUGAAUAUUCAAACAACUGGGAAAAGUAUGAAAGGAAAGUUCUAAAUUAUCACAGCAACAACUAGGGUGAAAUCGCUACCUGUGUGGGCAAUACCUUUAAAUAAUUCUACUCCACAGAAUGCCUAAAAAGAUUGCGUAAUAUUUUACUAUUGUUUAAACUAUCAUAUGUAUUGUAUAAAUCAGAAAUCACAGCAAACGUGUUCUUAUGAGCCUUUUCAAAAGAUGAAAAGUCACAUUUGUCAUCCUUGAUCGCUCACUUUGUACCAUCUCUAUCCCUCACUUUGUACCGUGAGAAGCCGCCCUGUCUCUAUCCCUCGCUUUGUACCGUGAGAGGCUGCCCUGUCUCUAUCCCUCGCUUUGUACCGUGAGAGGCUGCCCUGUCUCUAUCCCUCGCUUUGUACCGUGAGAGGCUGCCCUGUCUCUAUCCCUCGCUUUGUACCGUGAGAGGCUGCCCUGUCUCUACCCCUCGCUUUGUACCGUGAGAAGCCGCCCUGUCUCUACCCCUCGCUUUGUACCGUGAGAGGCUGCCCUGUCUCUAUCCCUCGCUUUGUACCGUGAGAGGCUGCCCUGUCUCUAUCCCUCGCUUUGUACCGUGAGAGGCUGCCCUGUCUCUAUCCCUCGCUUUGUACCGUGAGAGGCUGCCCUGUCUCUAUCCCUCGCUUUGUACCGUGAGAGGCUGCCCUGUCUCUAUCCCUCGCUUUGUACCGUGAGAAGCCGCCCUGUCUCUAUCCCUCGCUUUGUACCGUGAGAGGCUGCCCUGUCUCUAUCCCUCGCUUUGUACCGUGAGAGGCUGCCCUGUCUCUAUCCCUCGCUUUGUACCGUGAGAGGCUGCCCUGUCUCUAUCCCUCGCUUUGUACCGUGAGAGGCUGCCCUGUCUCUAUCCCUCGCUUUGUACCGUGAGAGGCUGCCCUGUCUCUACCCCUCGCUUUGUACCGUGAGAAGCCGCCCUGUCUCUACCCCUCGCUUUGUACCGUGAGAGGCUGCCCUGUCUCUAUCCCUCGCUUUGUACCGUGAGAGGCUGCCCUGUCUCUAUCCCUCGCUUUGUACCGUGAGAGGCUGCCCUGUCUCUAUCCCUCGCUUUGUACCGUGAGAAGCCGCCCUGUCUCUAUCCCUCGCUUUGUACCGUGAGAGGCUGCCCUGUCUCUAUCCCUCGCUUUGUACCGUGAGAAGCCGCCCUGUCUCUACCCCUCGCUUUGUACCAUGAGAAGCCGCCCUGUCUCUACCCCUCGCUUUGUACUGUGAGAAGCCGCCCUGUCUCUGCAUGUUGGAUCCUUUGCCACUCAUUGCAGCACAGUUUGGUAACUCUCGUGGUUUUCUAUUUCCCUAUCAUUGUAAUGACUUCUAAUUGCUUUUUUAUGUGCAUUGCGCAAAAUUUUAUGGCCACAAAUAAUGAAUAUUAUUUAUUGUGUAUUGCUUUUCUGUUAUUCUCCAGUGAGAAAUACCUGCUUCUAAUUCACAGGCUGCAAACCUGCGAUAGGACAGAUUUAUUGCACACAGAUCAUUCCGGUUCUGUGAGUAAUGCGUUCCUGAUAUAUUGCAUCUAAGAGACUCAGAUAUGGUGUUUGCAUUGCUUGACAGAGAUAGCAGUAACUCAGUUAUGUCUGUGUUUGGUGAGGAGAUGUUGGGGAUACAGGUAAUUCAGGUUGAUACUGAGGGUAAUCAGUAUUUUGCACAAAAAGACAGAAUUUCCAUCCAUGGAUAAGGAUUAAAGAUUGUUUUGUGCUCACUAAAGCAAAAACAGGAAAACCUAAAUAUACUGGAUUACUCUGAAUUAUUUAAUUUAGUGAAAAUCUGAAUUGGACAUUGUACAUUAAUUUCAGUUUGUAAUUUGAUAUAGUUAAUUAUCAUUGGCAAGAAAUUAUUUCAAGUGAUGUUGUCAUACAAUGUGUGGUGUAAACACCACUUUGCGAGCUGCCUGUACCUCUGGAAGAGGUGAAAGUGUUAAAAACCCCCAAAAAGUUUACUUUUCUAUGUGCAUGAAUAUCUGAGUGAAUAAAAAUGCAAGAUUGAUGUAACCAAAGUGCUAAACCAGUGAGCCUGUAGUAUAUCGCCCUGCACCAUAUUGUGAAAUAUGAGUAGGGGGUAUCGGAUCAGAUUGAAGUUACUUCUAAAGCGUGUUUGUUUUUAACAAUGAUUGGUUAAAUACAAGAGUGUUUUGUACAAGAAUACAUUUUGUUCAAUAAUAAGUGUUGGAUUGUGUUACCAAGAAGUUAAAUAAAUGCUGUCUUAGAGGUGCGCCUUUUUAGAGCCGGUAAUCAAACUUUUCAGAUUAGUAUAGUCAUAGUACAAUUAGUGUUCAAACCCCUAAUCAGGUCCCUUUUAACCAUACCGCACCUCUCUCACUUCAACUGGCCCCGCCUCCAUUUCUGAGAUCAUCAAUCUGGCAGAUCUCAGCCAAUCCAAUGCUUUCCCAUGGAAAAACUAUGGGAGGCUAUUGCACAUGUGCUGCAAAAUGUCGCACUGCGCCAAUCAGCAUCUCCUCAUAGAAAUGCAUUUCUAUGGGGAGCAUACAGCGGCUCUGUGCAGUGCAUGGAGAUGCUGAACGUGACUGCCCAGAGAGGUGUUACUAAACUGUAAUUUACCAUGCUAAGGCUGCAGCUACCAGAAGCAAUAGAUUACACUGGUGAUUAUUGUGUCCCUUUAAACACAAAUACGUUCAGAUUAUACUGAAAAGCAGAGACACGUAGCACUAUUGUUUAACAUGCUUCAGAUAAUGCGAUAUAAAUAAUAUCAAAAUGACACACAUAGUAUGCUACAAAUUACAUGAAAUUGCUAUAAACUGAGAUGUAUGAAACAAAGCAAACGACAAAUAAUCCCUGCAAUGGAUCUCUAGAUGAAAGCUUUCUGGGCCAUUUGUCUCUUGUAACAUAUAACUUUCCUAGUAUUUUACUCUCGGCAAGGAUCUAAUGGAGGUGUUGGGGACCACUCAGUCCACACAGGGUUAACUGCUUUUUGUUUAGUCUAAUCGUGGCCGGCUUAUUCUCUCCUUCCCUCUGGUUGUUUUCUCCUGAAGCCGGCUGUUUCAGUAAACUGCUGAUCUGUAUGGAGAGAUGCCGUGGGGUCUGUCCCGGGCACAUGGUCGCUGCGCUGGUUAAAUAAUGACUCAUUGCUCUGGGUGAGUGAUGGGAAAUCAAAGCCCUUUCUGUACAGAUGAGGAAGUAGUUAAGAGCAGGCUUUUACUGGAAGAUCAGGUGACGUAUGUGUUUUGAAUAAAAAACCCCUUUUAAGCGAUGGAGAGAUCAUGGUAUUUGGCUGCAUUGCUCCUACUUUACGUUCGAUAAUUCCAGACUAGACUCAGCUUUGGUUCAAAUGAAACACCCAACAUAAAACAAGAGUGAUAUAUUUAUUAGGCUUAUGUGACGGACACCGUUACAUUGAAUUCCUGCACUAGCAGAAGGCCAGUUUUAUUAUGUAAACAUUACUUCAUGGGAUUUGUUUGCGACAUUUACUAAUGAGAGAGUCUGUGAUAUUAUGUAUUGGUUGGACCAUCGUCACACAAGCCGUUUACUGCCACCUCUCCUAGCAGCCAAUCAGACGUCAUUGGCAGCAGUUUCUAGACAUGGGAUUGGCUGUUAGGAUUUGGCUUUACUUCCAUUAUUGUGCACUGAUUUCUGUUGGGGAAAUAUUUUUUGGCAAAUUACAUUGUAGUCACUCAUCACCCAAACUCUUCAGUACUCGUGAAGGAUUGUAUGUCUCCUAGAACAGGACUGGAUGUCCGAUCCCUUACCUCUAAACAUCUUUAAAUGGAUAAAUAAAAAUGUGGAACUUUAAGUCACAUUGUGAUUAAAAGAAACAGACUUUUUGCUUUAUAAAUGCCAAUAACAGACACUUAUCAGGCUGUCACUCCUCCCUAAUCUGGCAUACCGGAGCCUCUCAGGGUACAGUACAGGCGAACACUGUGCAGGCAAAACUAAACACAAUAAUAGCAAUGUACCAGUUUCUUGAAUUUUGACAAUCUUCUUUUGUUGAACUGGGCCAUAUAUAGUACACAUAUAAGAAAUAUACAAAGAAAUGGAUACAAUUUGCCAGGUAGGUUCGGGUAUAUGGCAGAUCCGGUGUGGGGCAGACCUGCGGCCUACCAGCGGUCUACUGACAAGUGGUGUGGGGGAAGCGUCCGAUUCCUCCAAAUAACCAUAUACGGUAUGUGAGGAGAUACGUAGGAAAUUAAGAUUGUGUCACAGGUGGCGGUACGGAAACCGGGACCCCUGAGUGCCUGAUGAGAAGUGGGAGUCUUUAGCGUGGUAAUGGACUAUCAGGGCCUGGUUCAGGGUAACCACACGUCCUCUGGUGUGGAGCACCAGCGUUUGCGCGGCCACAUACCAGAACCCUGAUGCAGCUACAGCGGAUCCCAGGAACUAGGAACGUGAUAUGCAGACCUCCCAGGAACUGGAUAGGGGGGCUCUGCAGCAGACAUGUAUCCAGUACAGAAACAAGGCAAGGCUAGAACAGGCACCAAACAUGAAAACGAGACGGAACUAGUACAACCCAGAACCAGAGAAGGACAGAAAGCAGAACCCAGAACAUGUACACAAUACAUAAAGGGAACAUUAACUAAACUGGGGCAGGACAGGACUGUACAUGGACUGGGAAUACAAACUAAAACAAGACAAGAUAUAAUAGGCAAAACAAGAGGAGACAUAACUAAGCACUAUAUAUGAAAAGUAUGGGGAUUUAGUUACAUUAUAUGAUCAUACAUUGCAUAAGCCUGCCACAACGCCAAUGUACCCCAUAUUCGGCAGGUCCUACACUGCCUAAUGUUCGCUAAAAGAACCAUACUAAACCACAAUAGCACUUACCUGCAAGAAAGGUCAGAGACUUGAAACACUGCUGCAGGUCCAGACUGAAACAAAAGGAAAAUGGAAAACAAACUGGUGUGGCAACAUAAAACAAACAUUUAAAUGAAUCCAAGUGACUGGGAAAUCCAGGGACGGAAUAUAAGAAUGAACCCAGAAACCCAGCAUAAAGAAAAUCAGACAUGGAAUAGAAAACCAGAAAAACUAAAACAAGAAUUGUAAAAAGAGUACUGGAUACCAGAAGCCAAAGCCAGACAUAUCCAAAGAACAUAGCAUGAUGUGACAGAUUGUACAUGUACUUGGGUAUCUGUUCUAUUCCCUUACUUGCAGCAGUCAGACUCUGUUAUAAUGACCUGAGGACCGCGAAAUGCGACACUUAGAAUGCAAUAGCACGUAAUUUUAUGGAUAUUGGUUGGAUCAGUGAAGAGCAGCCUAUAGGUCUCAGUGCUUUAAAGGCUCUAGAAGUCAAGCAACACUAGCUGGUAGUCUAGGAGUUUAAGUCUUAACUAUUAUCCGUGUAUUCUCAUCUCAGUGUACCUGUCUUAUAGCUGCUUGACCCAACAUUCAGCUGCCCCUGCCCACUUCGUCACUAGACAAAAACGAUAGAUAGAAACAGGCUUGGAACCUACGCUGUGAAAUGGUCAGAAGUCUGAUAUUUUAGAGUAUAAUUUAAUGAGGAUAUGAAUUCAGAUCUAUGGAACCAAACUAUUAAACGCCAUUGCUUCAUGUCAGCCGUCAUGAUUUUGGGAUUGGCAGAAGAUUUGAAAAAGUACACAUGUGACAAUUCUCAUUUGGUCACCAAUAUGAGAGAGAGUCUUUAAUAUUAAGAUAAAAAGUUGUGACCGGCAGUAGAUUAUGGAUGUAACUUUCAUGGAUAUAUUAAAAAUAAAAUUCUUAAUUUUUUAUUUUUGUAGUGCAUGGCAAACACAAGGAAAUAAAGACAUUGCAAAUAGGUGGUUAAACAAGAUGUCGCGAUACAUGUCUGAAAUCAAGCACCAUUUUUUUGUUAGAAAAUCAUUAUAAAAAAAGUCGCUGCCAUAAUGGCUUAACAAUGAACAAGUAUCAUGCUAAAGAUCAGCGUAUAGGGUAGAACAAACAUAAAAUUUAAACACAUGCUUAACCCCUUAAGGACCAAACUUCUGCAAUAAAAGGGAAUCAUGACAUGUCAUGUGUCCUAAAGGGGUUAAACUAUAUCCAUCUUAGACUGUGACUGGAUGUUCCAUGCGAGGAAUGAAGAAUGCAGAGACAGAACUCCAUGUACACAGCGAAACAUGUCCUUUUAGCCUAUGCCCACCAGGCAUAAAUCAAAGACCAGGGUGAUGGUGCCACCUGUGUCCAGAGAGGGUAAAAAAAAAAUAGCUCCAUAGGGUCAUGAUGACUAUCCAGUGUGCAACUGAGGGGGACCAGACAGGGCUUGUAGCAAGAGACGUCCAGCAGGCUGCUGCACCAGUGUCUGCUGCACACGUGUGCUUGUUGCUCGGUAUGUAGGAGGGCUGUACCCUCUGCUGUAUGAUUGGCGUUGGAGUAAAUGCUGACUUCGCCGCAGCCAAACCUGUCUCAACCUCUCAGCUGCGUUCAGCCUCGGUCUGCUCUGCACACUUGGUCCGCUGGGAAAAACCUCUGACUGUGGAGAGAGCUCGGCAGGCAGGAAGGAGGCAAGGCAAGUAUUGGUGGGUCACCUCUUGUUGCUUCAAUGCGGUCUCUGAGCCUGGACCAGAAUUCUUCAAACAGCCUGUCUAG